AUGGAAAGAGAGGUAAGUGGCAGGAAGGGGGGGGGGCUGGUGGUGUGCAGAUUAGCAGCCGCCACCUCCUCCUCAGCCAUUCCUUUGAGCCUUGUGGCCUUGGGAGCUCUGCAGCCAUCAAUUUUAUUGCCUGCGUUUAGCUAACAGUUUGAGGUCACAUCUGAAAAGAAAGUUGCAAGAAUUGGCCCUUCCUAUUAACAGUUUCUGCAUUUUUGAGUGGCAGCUGAUGGAAUGAGUAAGCCAUCACAAUAGACUUGCAGGACUGAGUCACAGAAACCUAAUUUUCAGGUAAGAAAUUGCCCCUUCACAUAAUAAUCCAGACCCACUCGGCUUCUUCAUGAGAAGUGUGAGUAAUUUUCACCUUGCAGUAUUAUUCAGCAUGAUUAUUAUCAUCUGUUUACAACUGUCUCAUGAACGAAAUGUAUUCUUUUCUGCCCCCUCAGAGCGUGUUCGUUCUCUCUUUCUCUCAUACACACAGUGUGAGUCCUUGUUGAGUAUCCCUUUCCUAUUUUACUCCCCUCCCCCCACUUCUCUAGUAAUGUCAAUGGAUGGUGACACACUCUCCAAGAGCGUAUCUGAUGUGUUCCAACACAGAUCCUUCCUGCUCAUCAUGUCAGAUCUAAGCUUCAAUUUGGAAGGCUUUCAGCAUCUCUCGUUGGCAGGAGAAAUGAAUUGGGAGAUGCAGAGAGACUGCUCUUGCAGCCAAAUUUCAGUCACGCAGGCUCACGGUCCUAAUGAAUGCCCUUGAAGCAGGUACGGUAAACAUCUGAGGCUGGGAUUUUGCUGCUUUCAGAAGGCAAAAUCAUUGAGCUGAAUGCAGCCCUUUCUGACUUCACUGAAAACACUGAAGACCCCACCCCUCCCCCAACACAUCUACUUUAUUACCAGUGCUUAUUAGGGGAAUGUUGAAUGCUAACGUGCAGAGAGCCUUUAGUGGUCUGCACUUGAAGUAGCUGGUGUAUAUUUAUUAUGGUUCAUAAAAUACAUUCUGCAUUGUUUAGUAGUCCCUUCCCUAUAUUUUACCCUUUGACGAACACUUCUGACUUCACAUAUUUCCAGUUUUAAAAUGUUUUUUUUCAAAUAUCUGCAAGGCACUGGGCAGUGGUGCAAAGAUUUGCAACGCUUGAGGCAGACACAAAAGCCAUGUUUGACACAGUUUCCAAAACCAUCUCAGGAGCUCAAAUGUCACGACAAACUGUGGGUUACCAAAUGUUGUUUUCAUGAGUGGUUCUUGGCUCUCACUGUCUGUUUUUGUGCUGCUUGGUUCUCAGGCUCAGAUGAAACGAGGGUGGGAGGAACAACUGAGGUACAUGUUGCACCUCUUAAAUCAGGGGUCACCAACAUGGUGGUCAAGGGUGCAGUGGCCUUUCUCUGCUGCCUACAAAGCCUUUGAGAUCUCUUGCUUCCUGCCGCAUUGGUCAUGAGGGUAGUGAGGGUGGUUCCUUUUCAAGGGAGAAAAUUUUAUACUGCUACUACACAACUCUAUAUCUGUGUGGCAUGUGACCAUACAUGUCUCAUGGGCUGAGUGGGAUUCAAUAAGCUAAAGCUUAAUCCUGAGAAGGUGGAGGUCUUGUGAAUGGGUGGGUUCCAGGAGACCCAUAAUCUAUCUGUUCUCUUCUAGAAACGGUUGCACUUCCUGCAAAGGAGCAGCUGUGUAGUCCUGGGGUACUGCUUUGGACUUCAGUGUCAGAUGGGUGAAAUGGCUAGGAACACCUUUUACCAGCUAUGACUGUUCCAGAACAGAAACAGCCUUGCCAAUGUGACCAAUGGAUUGGUCACAUCAUGAUCGAAUUAUUGUAAUGUGCAUUGUGUGGGGUUGCCCUUAAGUCAGGUCCAGAAACUGCAGCUGGUGCAGAAUGCAGCAGUUGGGGUGUUGGUACAGGGCAUCCUUCUUCCCACAUGCAAUAAUACCACUCUGCAAAGAACUGUACUGGUUGCCAGUAGGAUGCUGGGCCAGGCUGAAGGUUUUAAUUUUGCACUGUAAAGCGCUAAGUGGUUUGUGACAGGGCUACGUGAAGGAGCACCUUUUCUGUUGUGGCACCCUCUCAGUGGAAUCACCUACCCUCUGAACUGCAGCAAGCGCCAGCAGUUAUGUCAUUCCGACACAUGCUAAAAUUUCCCAUCCUUUAUUUUUCCAGGCCUUUGUUGGAAACUAAUGCCAGUUGCUUUGAAUUAAUUAAUGUUAUUGCUCCGCUGGCUUGUGUAUGCUGCUGUUUCAUUUUGUGGCUACAGUUUUAAUGUAUUGUUUAUUGUAUGCUGCCUUGUGAUUUCAAGGCAUUAUUAAAAAUAUUUUCAAUAAACAAGUAUUUUGGACUUUCCAUGCUGCACACUUUUCCUUCUGGCCCUCAGUCACCACCCCUUUUUAUCCAGCCUUGUGCCUCCUCCUCCUUUCUGUGCUGACAAAAGUUCCAUCUUGUGUAAAGGCAACCCAUAUAGAUUAUAUACAGUAAUGUGAGUGUAUGCUGAAAAUAUUGGGGUUAAUUGCCUUGCAGAACUUGGAAGACCAGCACAGCAUUUUGAUUCUAGAAACAUCCUGUCUUUCUUCGUAUUCUUACUGCUGCGUGUUUGAAAAGGCUGCUGCCAUGUGCAAGACGUGUUUGUUCCCCUUUUCUUAGUAUAUUGCAAUGAUUUUGGCCGGAAGAGGCUAAUCGAAGCCACCCAGUGUUGAUGUUUUCUUGCUGACAGCCUCAUCUUAAAUAGUCCCUUUUAUUCUCUUGGCCAUGAACAGAUGUCACUAAAUUAACUCCAUUGAAAGUAAAUGUCUUACAUUGUCAGCACAAUUAACAUACAUUGUCCAUUCUUCUCAAAAGUUUCUAGCAUUUUUUUUUUCUAAUUGAGCAUCUUUUUAAAAGAGUCUGACAAUUUUCCAUCCAGAUGUGGAGUGUUCCAGCAUCUUGUAGUGAUAGUAUUAAACAAAACUCACAAGAGUAAAAUGGUGCUGGCCUUAUUCUGCUUUGGAAGCAAUGCUUUCUUUCCCCUCACUCUUUCCUCUAUCCAGUCUAUUGGAUCAGUCCCAUCUGAUCAGCUCAUGAAUAAAGGCUGCAAAGGAAACACUACUUGAGUUGAUUGCUGUAUUUUGGCACUACAGAGACCAUGGAAUUACAAAGAUUCAGGGGAGGUUUAAAAAGUUAGAGCCUCUAGUUUUAACAUAUAAACAUAUGCAUGAAUAUUUGGGGAAAGAAAGUGCUGGAAACUUGAACUUGAAGUAGCUUUUCACUGGUUGUGUGUAUACUUGGAGGACUAAAUAGAGCUUAUAACUCAGUAGUAAAAUUACUGUCAUUCUGAUCCCAUUAGUGAUCAGUACUAACUGUUGUGGACGAUAAGCAAAUUGGGACAUAAUCAUUGGCUACUGGGUGUGUAUAUAAAAAGCUGUCAUGCACAAUGAAAGAGCACUCCUUUGAAGGACAUGUGCUUUUUCUUUCUCAAUGCCUGCCCAUCUAAGGUCAAAUGUGAGAUCUCGAAGAAAGAGUUGUGUAGCCAGGUUUUGUUGCUUUCUUCUAACACUGACGUUCCAUUUUGGGGUAAGACGUUAUUUUCAUUGCAUAGAGUCCUAUUAGUGUAAGCAACAGGUCAUUCAGUUUGACCCGAAGGGCUGAAAUGUUUAAUGUAAAAAUACGCCUUCGUACACAAGAAAUAUGGAUUCCUCUCUGUUACAAAGAGAAGAACUGAUUGAUUUAUGAGCUGGGAUUCAAUAAUUUCCAGGAGUUGUUUCUCCUUUCUUUUACCAUGGGUGAGUGUGUGUGGUAUAUCUGCAUUUUGCCAGAGCAUCAAAAACCUCAAAGGUGUUUCUUUGUUUUAUAAUUGUAUUGGGAAGGAGGAACGUUUGGUUAGAAGAGGAACUGAAAGCAAGAAAGGUUACAUUGCUUUCAGUAAUGCUGGAUGAUGAGUGCCUAAGACAGUGGUUUUCAACCAAUGUGCCGUGUCACCCUGGGGUGCCUUGAACGAUGGUCAGGGGUGCCGCGGGCAACACUGGCCUCUGGCCUUCUUUCCUUCCUUCCCUCCUCUCAUGCCUUCUCACGUCUCUGCCUCCUAAGGGCUUGCACAGCUGUUUGUUGCAGCAGCCCUGACUACAGGCUCCCCAGGCGAAUGGUGCCUCUAGGUCUGGCCAGGGGGUGCUUCCCAAGCCCCUAUGGAGCAGUGUGAGGAGGCACCUCUCUUUGGGGUGGAGGGGAGCAGCUCUGAGACCAGGGAUGGCAGCUGCGGCUGCCCAGAGGACUCUCAAGGAAAGGAGACAGGAGAGGAGAGGAGGCUGAGGGAACACUCCACAAGGGAGGGUGUUUGAAUAACGUUGAGAGGCUGCCAGCUCUGCAGGCAAGGCGUGACAUAACUGGGCUCCUGAGCUCCACAGGGGUGCCACUGAAAGAAUGUAGUUGGUCAGGGGAGUCGUGGACCCAAAAAGGUUGAAAACCUCUGGCCUAAGAGAUCUUCUCCUCAGUCAUCCUGAGGUAGCUCCCCUCCCACAAUUGCUAUCACUACUCUUAAUUGUUAAGUCCAGUGUCUUUAACUGCUGUAACCUCUCAUAAAACUUAGAAAACAAAACUUUUGCAAUUGCUUCAACACUUCCUGUAUUUUAUAAAAGCCUGUCUCAUUGACUCAUAUUUCAACAACAACAACAACAUACCGCAAUUGCAGAUGUGUAUCCUUCUUUUGUGUUUCUGCAGUAUUUGGGGAUGGUAGGAGAGGAAGGCAAUACAAAACAUUGAAACCAUGCAUAGAAAAAGGAGUACUGAGGUGGUUCAUGUAACGCCUACUUUCCUUCUGCUCUCAUUACCCUGUGGACAUUUUGAUGGUCGAAGAUUUUCCACACCUCUAACUUUAUAUAGCCAUGCCUGUAAUUCUGAUUUUGAAUAAAGGCAUUACAUAAAACAAUAUAUGAAUAGGUAAAUGCAUUUGCUACAUGAAAUCUCCCCAGCAGUGCAUUGUCACAUUACCCACUGGUAAUAGCUUUGCAAGCUACCCUCAAACUUGCCAUUGAUUUAUCCCAUGAUUUGAGAGCCUGCAGAGCUAUUCAAGAGAAACGGGAGCCAUGGAGUUUGAGGAUCAGUUCAGGUGCAUCAAAAGCCAUUGGUCUCCCAGCAGCCAAUAAAGAAGGGUUGUAAAUCACUUGAGGCUCUAUUUUUAGUUCUGCUAUAUAAACAAAACCUUUAGUUUCUCCAACUAUUUAAGUUCGCAACCCAUCUCAGUCAUAAUAUGCCAAGCAAGAUAAGUGCACAGGCCUUUUAAAACAUAGCAGCUAUACUGCAUUUGACAGUAAUUUACAUUAAUUUAUUUCAUUUAGUGAUUAGAGCUUCUGGAAUAUAAACUGCAUCGUUUUACCAAAUAGUGCUUUGGAAUACAUAGGGCUUCUCUUCUGAAGCUAAUGGGAUUAGAUUAGAAUGGGAUUCUUGCAGCUCAAAGUACAUAAAACGGAUACUUCUGAAGUGUUCGAUACCUCACAAUUCAGCAUUUGAUGGACUAAUUAAGCAUCUAAACAUGUCUUUGCCAUUUUUCUUGGCUCUAAAAAUAUCUUCUUUUUACUGCUGAAACUGAAACGUCUCUCAGUAAAAUUGCAUAAAAUAGACUUAAAUACAUGAACCAUCUGCCAAAUAAAUUCCAUCUUCCCAGGGUGUGCUGGCAUGUAAGGCACAGGAGCAAAAUAGACUUAUUUAUUUAGCAUAUGGGUACCCCAGUCUUUGGCCCAAGGGCUCUCAGAGCAGCUAGUAGUCAUUAAAACACAAUAAAACAAUAUACUAAAACAGCAGAAGAGCAUAACACGACAUGAAAGGAACAACAAACCUAAAACCAGAAGAUCCCAAAAGAAGAGGCCAGGGCAGAUAAAGAGUUGCCCAGUGCUGAAAAGACAUCUGAUGGGGUGCCAGUGAUUCUCUCUGGGGAGGACAUCACCUGGCUCAGGUUGCUGACCUCCUCACCUCUGAAUGCAUGGGGUCUCAUUCUUAACUUCUAGGCAUGAUCAUGGGGGAGAAUGCUGCCUUUAAGUUACAUGAGUCCCAAGCCAUGUUGAGAUUUAAAGGUGAAGUCCAGCACUUUGAAUUUUACCCAGAAAAUAACUAGAAGCCAGUGCUUCCUGGGAGCAUAUGUUUCGUACACCUGGUCACAGUCAGUAACCCAGCUGUAUUUGGAACCAGCUGUAGUCUGCAAAGCCUUCAAAGGCAAACCAAGGUACACUGCAUAUCAGGGAAACUGUUUCCCUUUAAAACAGCUCCCAUAGUACGGAGUUUAUGCUGAACAAAUAGGUAUUCGAGGACCCAUUGUUCUCAUUUUUAAAGAAACAUUGGAAAGAAGUCAUGCAUUUGUCUUGCAUUGAGGCAGGGCCAUGAGUGCAGCCCACAUUGCCAGCUAUUGAUUGAUGGUAGCUAUCCAAAAUCUUAAGACUAUCUCUCUUAGCUAUGUCUAAGAUCCUUUGUGUCUAUGCCAAGCACCGAGUCUGGCACCUUCUGUAUGUAAAACAGAGGUGAAUAGAUAAACAGCUCUGUUCUACUUUUGAUAAGAUGUCGUUCUGGUUUCUAGAAUUUGAUGUGAAUGGUCUGAAAGUAGAUUGCUCUCUAAAGCUAAGCAGUUGUGAUUUUAAUUUGUUUUAAACUGUUUUUAUUGCUAUCUUUUAUAUUGUUGCAAUCCACCCUGGAACCUUCUGGUGCAGGGCAGGUAAUAAAUUUAACCAUAGUAAUAGUAGUCAUUAUUGUUGUUGUCUUGACCCUUCCCAAACUAAUGAGGGAUUGCUUGGGGCUCUCAUAUUCUCUGAGCUUCUUGGGCAACACAUAAGCAUAAUAACAAAAUCCUUGAUUUCUUGUCACUCUGAUUAUCUUAAACUGGUUUAGAUUUUAAUCUAAACUAUGAAGUUUGGGUCGUGGUUGAUUUGAAGCAGUCUGUAUCGAUGUAAACUCUCCAUACCAGUGAGAUGUGCCAUAACUUGCUGGGCAGACAUAUACAAAUUAUUUUCCCCAUUGAUGGAUCCAAAUGCUUUUGAAACCCCCUUGUUGGUGCUUUAACUAGGGUGGUUCAGCUAUGGCGAUGCUACCGUAAAGGGAAAUUUAGAAAAAAAACCAUGUUAAAUUUCACUUUCAUUAUGAGCAACUGAAGAAGCAUCAAGCAUCAGCAUUUGCCCCUGAAAUGAAAAGUUGUAGGAGGCCCUAAGUAGUGUCGAGAGGAGACUCGUCCCCCCCCCCCCAGCAUUUUGUGUGUAUUAUAGGCAAGAAUAAGAAGUGGUAUUUCAUCCACUCAGUGCUGAGUUCUCCAAGAUUUGGCAGCUUCCUGAGUUUAUUUUAACAUCACUUAUUUUGUAUUAUUUUGUCCCAUUGUUUUGAGCACCAUACCCAACCAAGAAGAUUCCUGAGCCAAUAAAUUGAGACAAUAGACCUUAACUGUUGUCAAGGAGAUAUUAUUAUGAUCUAUAUGUAAGUGCCCAUUUAGCCGAUAGAAUGCAAAGUAUCCACUUGUUACAAAGCUAUCAUCUGAGUGUGUAUUUAAACUAUUGUCAUGCUGCAUCGUAUUUACUAUGUGUUCUAAUGAUUCCAAAGGAGCCAUUAUGGUCUAUUAUGUGGCUUACAUAUUUAAACUGCAUAGUUAAAAAGCUUUUGGAAUUUAAAACUAAUCAGAAAGCCUAUAUAGUGGAUAUCUAAGCUUGCAAGAUAGGAUUCUAACUUAACAUUAAACAUCACAAUAGCAGAUUAAUAAUAAAAAAGAAGAAAGCACACAGAUUAUUAUGUGUUCCAUUUGUGGGUAAUUAACUUUAAUUGAGGAAAAAUCUGUGCAUCAUGAAUAUCAAUCAGAAACAUUUCAGUUCUCUUCCCAAAUUUGCUUCUCUUACAAGUUUGUUAUAAUUCUCUAGAGACACCAAGACAUUUCAUGUUCCCAUUUCUUCUCUUCCUCUUUUGCCCACAUUUACUCUCUAGGUCAGGUUAGAUGUUGCAGGUAUGGACUAAAGCCCAUCUAAAAGGCUUUGGUUCAAUGUUACAGCUCCUUUGUAUGCAAAAAGUCCCAGUGCUCUGGAACUCUGGCGAGUUGCUGCUGGUCAGAUAUGGAGCUAGGUGACCCAAUGGCAUUAUUCAGUAUAAGGCAGGCUCUUCUGUUCCUGAAUCAUUAGGCUGAGAGAUAAGAGUCGAGAGAAACCUUUAGCUGGCAAUCAAAAUGGUUUACCAAGCUGGAUAGCAGAACCUAGAAAAUGCUGGUACAGAAUUCUGUGUUGGUUAAUUAGACUCUUUCUGACACACUGAUUUUACAUGUUUAUUGCCAGCUCUCCCCCCUAAUUGCUCCCAUACCCUUGACUGGAUGUGUGAAAUCUUCUCCCUUGAAUGCUUUUGAUGUGCUUAGCAAAUACAGACCCUAAAUACUACAUCAAAGACACCGGUUUGGGCAGAAGACUUUGCAUGUUUCCUUAUGGCAUAGAAGUGUUAGUCUGCUAGUGGGAGAGGAUAGAGGACUAACAAGAGUCAGUAGAAGAUUGGGGGUUGUGGUUUUAAGAAAGAAGGGUGGGUAAAAUUCAUGCCAAGCAGACUGCUGUGUGGAAUUAUUGUUCAUAGUAUGGCUAGAAAUGCUAUUGUGUGUUAUUGUCUGAAUCCACUCAGUUCCAGCUAUUUUACCUGAAGGCCAAGUCUGCAUCUGGGAACUGUGAAGUGUUGGGAAUUACCUUUAGACUUCAGGUCCCUUGAGUUUCCUCUGAUCCAGCAAGUAUUUACUUGAGAAUUUAUUUGCUGCAGGUAGGUUAAUUCUGAAGUGCAGGAGCUCAUUAUGAUGUCCACCUUAGCCAUUCCUCUAAGGUGAGCCCCAAAAUCCAAACAGCUGUGUUGAUCUAUAUACAGCAAACAUGCAAUACCCCUCUUACAGAGCAGCAGUACCAUGCAUGAAACCCAGUUUAUUAGGCUCACCUGACAAUAGAAGAGUAAAAUAUUCACAGAACAAAUUCAAGUUGUAAAACAGAUUGAGCUUUAACAAAAGAUCUUCAGUAAGCAAAUAUGCAAUUUUCCCCUUUCAACUAAAAAGCCCAGCAAUCCUGCAAAAAGAGUGAUACCAUUUGAAGUAGGGCCCCCACCACCAAAGAAAAGAAGGGGAAGUAUCUAGUCUUUCCUAAGCUAUUUUUCUCAUACUCUGGCAUCCUCUCUCCUAAUCUGUCAUGAACAAUAGGAAUUCCAGAGCUCCCUCUUCCUCUUCCUUCACUGCACCACUAGCUACAGGUCCCAAAGCAAGUGGUGAAAAGGGCAGUGUUCCCAUGGCCUAUCUACCCAUAUCCCAGUCCCUAUCCCUCAGUGCCUGACACCUAGUCUUCGGGAUAUGAAACUGAAUUUUCUGUUAGGUAUGGUUUCUCUAUAUUACAGUAAAGUGAAAUGUUAACAGAGUCAAAUGAAAAUGUAGCCUUGUUGAUAAUAUUAUUUACCAUGAUUACAUUGUCUUUUUAAUAAUGCUGAUUUUUUCCUUUAGCAAGUAGCACCCAUAAGAGAGUGCUGUUGGCUAUAAUGUUGGCUGUCUGGUUCAGAUCUGUCUAAUACAAUUUAAUCAUUUUUAAUUCUGACAAAGUGGCUGCGGGUUUUAAUUUGAUGCUUAGAGUGCAGGCUGGGAACAACAGAUUCCAUGGAAGCAAGCAAGGCUUUUUAAUUCCUAUUCAGUGUCCCAGUGUACCUAUGAAGGUAGAAUGCUCUGCCUUUGUGGGCUAAAUGAGAACACCGUUAAUGUGCUUGAGGACCUGAAGACCUCUCCUGCAUCCUGACAUGUGCCAUCACAUUGGUGAUCCACAUCUUUCAUUGCGAGGGUUCUGCAGAAAUCCUUUGGUUAGUUUUAACCGUACAGUAUUUCAUAAUCAAAAGCUUCAGUGGUUUGAACCUCAGAUCAUUUAUUUCUAAAUUACUUUUCCCCAUAAUUCUUAUUAAUUCAAAUAGGAUUUUGAUUUGAUAUAGAACUUCGUAAAUGGGAGAAUGAGCUUAAUGAAUUGAAAGAUAGGAUUGUCUUAAAGUAAAUGUUAAAAAGAAUAUGCUGAUAAUUGCUGAGAUGGAAAUCAAAUCUUAAUGACUUUAAUUUGUCGUGAGCGCCGUGUUUAUGAAAAAAAUAUGGAAUAUGUUUCCAGCAGACAUUUUCCUUCUGCAGUAGUCAGUAUUUUUAAUUUGAUAGUGCUUGCUCUGCUCAAGAAUGUGUCUAUGGGUUCUGCAACCUUAUAUUGAAUAAAUUAUUUCCUCUCCAUUUGUGAACAAUAAGAGCAUAAGUAUUGCUGUAGUGGAUCACACCAAAGGUCAGUCUGGUUCAGCAUUCUAACACUGACCAGCUAGUUCUCCACCCACCCCCAAGUUCACAAACUAGGCAGAUAAUAGUGAUUCUCAUCUUUGGCCCCUGCCAUCCGGUUAUCAGUUCUGUGCUUCUUCCCAAAACAAAUGUGAUUUUCUUUUUUAGUUUCUACGCAGCCCUACAUAUGUGUGAGUACUAUGGAACCUGGUUAGUUUUGCCACAGCCUGAUAAUCUUUGGCUUGCGGGAACACAGAGGUGGGCUUUUUCACUGGGGACUUCAGUGCUGUGGAAUGCUCCCCCUGAAAUAAAAGAGGUCCCAUUAUUGCUGGCAUUCCACCAGCUCCUGAAGACACACCUAUUUAGGCAAGCAUUCCACUGAACCAAACUUGCAGUUUUAUUAACUGUUUUAAUUGCUAAACUUUUUUAGUAGCUCCUUUUAAUCGCGCAUUUUAAUUAAGGAUUGGUUUUAAAGUUGAAAAAUGCUCUGAUGCCAUUUUGGCAUAUAAGCAAUAUAUAAAUUAAUUAUUGUUGUUGAGUUGGCUGCAGAGAUAGAACAUUUUAGAAAAUUCUGGGUGAUUGCGAGUGCUGGCUUCCAUUGCAUUAAGAGGCCUCCUGGGUCAUGUCAGUGGCCCAUCUAGUCCAGCAUCCUGUUCUCACAGUGACCACCCAGUUUCCCCAGUGAGAAGCCUACAGUCAGGACCUUUCUUCUGUGGUUUCUAGCAACUGGAAUUCAAGAGCAUACUGACUCCAAUUACUGCAGGUAGUAUCUUAACUAAUAGGCUUCAGCAAACCUCUCUUCCAUAAAUUUGUGAAGUAUUUUGUUUUGUUUAACAGUUAUACUAUUAAACCACACAAAAUCCCGUGACAGCGAAUUCCAUCAAUUAAUAGAAGCUUUGUGUGGAGUACUUCUUUUUAUUAGCUCUAGUCAUUCGUGGCCUGGAAUAUUGAUGGCAUGCAGAUUAAUAUCUGCUCACAGUAGUUUGGGUGCCUUUGCAAAGUCUUUAUGUACCUUUCAGUCUCCAUAGUACUUUGGCUUGGUUGAUCUAAGAGAGAUUAGCCUAAAUCAAGUGUAGAAUUAAAACUGGUGUUCUGCUUAAACGUUACGUGAUGUUUAUUUUUAUUUUUUUAAGCCACAGGUUUCUUACAGGUUUGUUCUGGUUGACCAAACAUUUGCACUUAAUGUAUAAAAUAUGAGUCAUUAAAAUGUUUUCCUUGUUGACAUGUAGAAGUCAACUGAAAUGAUACAGUCUUCUGUUUCCGAAAAUGUUCUUAGCUUUUGGCGAGUCUCCAAGUGAAGGAAAUCCCACAAGUGUGAAACAGGUUCCAAAAACAUACCAGGGCAUUCAUUAGUGGGCAGCUUGAGUUCUGUCUCUUCUUGAUGACUUCAGGCCAUUUGGCUCAAACCAGUCCUCUACUGAGGCACAAUAUUUGAGGAGGGAGGGUUGUCCAUUCCCCGCCCCCAUAUAGCUGAAGAGGGUGCAUUCACUUUGUUUUAUUUCUUUCAUCCGCCAAUGUUGCGUUUCCAAUGCUGUCGGUGCUUAAUAGUAUCUUUAACUGAAAAAGUGUAGUAGGUGCUGCAAGACCAGGGGUCAGCAAAAACUUUUUAGCUGCGGGCUGGUGCACUGUCCCUCAGACCGUGUGAUGGGCUGGAAUAGCGGCACCGGGGGGGGCAGCUUGAAGAAGAGGUGAGGGGGGCAUGUUGUCCUCCUCCCCAGCCCCCAGCCUCAGCCCCAGCUAAUGCGCUUACCUUCCCAGGGGCUGCCACCACCCAGGGGCUUCCCAGGGGCUGCUUCUCAUGGGCAGGCAGACAGGAGCACCAGGGCGGUGGCGACAAUGGCAGAGGGAAGAUGAGCAGCGCGAAAGGGCUGGCUCCGGAGAGGGGCUGCUUAAAAUGGCGCUCAGCCAGCUCAGCCCAGCCCCCUUUCUUCUCUAGGCAGGGCGGGGAGAAGCCAGGAGGAGGGAGGGAGGAGGUGCAGCCGUGGUGUGUAUGAGGGAGAGGGGGGGGAAAUGGUGUAGAAAAAAAUGGCGCAACCCAAACAAACAGAUCCCCAAACCGAUCCACGGACAUUUCGUGGGCCAGAUCCUGAAGGCAGUUGGGCCUGAUCCUGCCCGUGGGAUUUGCCGACCCCUGUGCUAGACAAAAACCAACAAGGACUCAAAUGCUUUUCUGUAUAUUCCUAAGACAUAGCUAGACAAAGGGCGAGAGCCCGUAAUCAUAGAGGUUCCUUGUUUUAAAAGUGGGAGUGUGGGGAAUUGGAUUAGGGCUAUGGCAGUCGGAGAGUAGGCUUUUUAACCUUUUCCUCUGCAUUGUGUUCCUGAUUUAAAAUAACUUUUUAAAGAGCAAAGCUGCCAUUUGCUUCGUGGAAGGAGGGAAUUAGAGGGCACCUGUGAGAAGCAAUUAGUGGAGGCAUAGUUUCUUCCUUUAUAUAGGCACAGGAAUGGAUGGACAGAUAGAUGGUGUUUUCAGCCAAGUGUUGCCUUACUUUGUUCGGGGGACCCUUUAUCUACUUUCCAUCUCUCACCUGCCCCAAUAUAGUCAUCACUCUGCUUACCUUUUUCCUCCUCAACUCCUAGUUGUUUGUCCUUUUUUUUUUUUUUUUUUGCUUUCAUGCCAUGAGCAAGUGAAAGACGAUUGCGCUUGGUGUCUUUGAGCGGGCUCAAAAGCUACACUGGAGCGAGAGAAGCAGAAACGACAGUAUGCAGAACGUAGAAUGCAGAGCUGUGCUUCUCUCCCCCUGCCCCACCCCCCAUUUCUGCAUUGUUUAAUACUCUAACCUAGAUAUUGCUGCUGACACACUGGCUUCAGUUCAUUAAAAGGUGUAGGAGGGGGGAAUUCAGAGCUUCUGACAGUAAAAUAUUACCUAGCUCACUGGGUAACUGAAUGGAAGAAUUUAUUUUGUUCUCUGCUUUUGGACUAUCAAAGCAUCACCUGCUGAUUUAAAUAUAGUAAGUAGAAGUUGGGCUCUGAAAACAAGUGCAAUCAGAUGGAGCUACUCUGUUUUAGGCAAUGUCCCUCAAAUAUUUUGCACGUACUUCCUCGGUGCCUGCCUGCUGCCAGCAAAGUAUAAAUUUAAUCUUGGUUCCUUUGAUUUGAGAAUUUGCUUGGCUUUGAUGUACUGGGUAGCCUGGUACCAACUACACGCCAGUCGUUGUGCUUAGUGCAUUUGCUACAUCGGUGGUGGUGAUUCCUCAGCUGUGUACAGGGAGGGAGGCUGGAACAGGGAAGUGCCUUGGAAAAUUAAGCUGUCAUGUUGAAUGUAUCUAUUGCACUUGUCCUCUAAGAGCAGGAAGCUCCCAUGCCUUACUGAUCCCACCCACUCCUUCCUGAUAGUAAGUGCACCAUAACACCUUCCCAAGUUGUCUUAAAAAAGCUUUCGGGUUUUCCUUAAAAAGCUCAGCAACUUUGGGGGCGUCCAGAAUUUUUACUUCUUGAAAUACGGCAACCCUAGAAAACUCCACUGGGGUUACACAUCUCCCCCCAACUGCCUCCAGUGUUAUAACAGGGAAAUGAAGCUAUCAAGGACUGUAGGUCUCUUCUGACGUCCUGAGCUAUUGCUUGGGAUGAUCAUUGGAAGAAAAUUAAAUAUGUCCGCUCUAGGAAAUUCUUUGUAAUCUUGGAUUUUGCUGCAUUGUUGUCAUCGAAACUAGUAGCCAUUAUAGUCAUUUUCUCCAUGAAUUUGUCUGAUCAUCUUCUAAAGCCACCCAAGUUGGUGGCCAUCACUGUCUCCUAUGGGGAGUGAGUUCCACUGUCUCCUAUGGGGAGUGAGUUCCAUAGUUUUAACUAUGUGCUGCUUGAUGAGUACUUCCUUUUAUUUACCCUGCAUCUUCCAACAAUCAGCUUCAUUGGAUGACCACAAGUGCUAGUGUUAUGAGAGGGAGAAAAGCGAUCAACGUCCCCCAUGCAGUUUUCAAUGCAUACCUGACCCCUUUUUAUUUGAAAAUCUUACUCAGUGACUACAUAAGGCCCAUCGCUAACAGGCAGGUGGUGGCUGUUGAGUUUUUUGACUUGACAGAUUCCUGCCGUGAACACAGAGUUGGGCUUCUGCAGCAAAAUGUGCAGAGCUUUCAGGAAAGAAGGGAGCCGUAAACAGGGUACUUAAUAGUCAGUGCGGUUUCUGCUAGGUCUAGAAGUGCAUAAUUGGGUCCUCGAUAAACUGCUGGAAUGAAAAAAUAAAAUAAAGGAAUGUACCCAGUGUAAAAGCACAUUUACAUAAAGGUCUAUGUUCCAUAGUAAAGGAAAUGAGGCACAGACAAUGAAGGCUGCGGUAACUAAAAGAGACCAACCAAAAAUGCUUUCUGAGGUGCAACCUUCUGCCUUUUAGCCCAUCGCUGAGACACACAGUUAAAAGCUGUGGCACCCUGGAAAUGAGCUCUCUACUCUUCUGCCCCUUCCUUAGCCUUGAUUUGUGUUUUGCUGCAACUUCGUUAAUCAGUUUGUUUUAGAUCUUUCAGUCUGUGGUGCUUGAGAUAUUUGUGUGUGUGUGAAGAUAUGUGUUCUCAUAUGCAUAGGAGCCAAGGUCCCCUCAACCCCAGUAAAAUAUUUGAGGGGGCCGGACCCCCCAAAGUUGGUGGGUAUUGCCAUUCAAAUGGUGUGUGCUUACCUGUGCCCCCCUAUUUUAUUCAAGUUGGCACCCCUGCUCAUAUGCAUGUCUUGUUGGGGUUUUUUCUUUUGUUUUUAAGUCUCAAGAAGAGAUCUGCUCGCCUCACACCCACCCCUCCGAGGUCUCUCCCAGGGGUUAUGUUUUCACAGCCAGAUGGGAUUACCUUUCAGGUGCUUCCAGAUAUAGCCUGUCUGCAGAAGCAGCAUCUCCUAUUUUUAGCAAAAUAAUUAUGGUAUCUGUGUCUGUCUUUCCACUCAUCCUUCUAAUGAAGCUUUCCCAGCUAUAUCUGCAGUGUCCAAUGCAUUUAAUAGUUCUGUCCUUGAGAAUAUGGUUUUUAUUAGAAAGGCCCAUACAUGCAUACCCCCAGUUUUAACACGUUCAGCUUUGAUUUGGUGAGUUGCUUUUCUGCUCAAACAGCAGGUGUUGCUCUGUCACAGGUGACUAGUGUGUCAUCAGAGCUCCUGGCAUGUGCAACAGGAGGGGUCCCAAUUGCCCCCAUCCUCUUUAAAGCCGAACAGCUGCCUUAGGAUGCUGUUGUUGCACACAAGAUACUUAUCAGGUGUGUAACGUAUGCAUCUACUGAAAGGAAAGUACAAAUAAUGAACUGAAUUUGUGUUGUGUGAGCUACUUUGAACUCCAUUUUUGUCAGGUUAAGUAGUGUAUAAAUUAAAUUUUUAUCUAAAAUCAAUAGCGAAUUAGAAUAUGAAUCUUUAAUCAGCAGUCUCUUAUGAAAGGGUGCUACUUGCUGUUUUAAGAUUUCUAACUUCCAACGGAUAAAAUGGCUGUAAUCAUUUAGCUGGGAGAAGCUUUUAAUAUCCAAAAUGUUGAAGGUGAUAAUCCUUAUAGUAAGACACUAUGAGAAUUUGUCCUUGGUGUGUUUAAGUUGUUUGGUAUAAUGCAAGAGAUACUAAGUUUUCAAUGAGUUUUGAUUUACUGGCAGCCUUAAAAUACCAAUAUGAUAAAGUAUUGCACAGUUCCACUACUUCCUUAGCAUGUUGUUAGUCUAAGACUAUAGUAGAGGGACUGGCUGCAGGGAGAGGUGGUGCCAGACUUAAGCAUAUGCGGCGCCGGGGUGCAAAGAUUCGCCUGGCGCCCCCCCCCCGGUUGCCCAGUCCAGGAACUCAGGAGGGCGGAGCCGGCCGGCCACCUCAGCAUCUCACUGGUUCGGUCACCCCCAAACUCGCAGUGCAGAGCCGCCAGCAGCAGAAGAGCCCACCGCAGCUCUCUGACCAACAGGCGGGCUCUUCCCCAGACUCAACUCUCGGGCCCCGGACUCUCAGCCUGGCACCCCUGAGAGCUCAGCACCCAGGUGUCCUGCACCCCUAGUGCCUAUGGGUAAGAUGGCCCUGGUGCCAGACAUGAGAGGCAAGCAUUCCUGCCACACAUUUCCCUAAGGCAAGUUGCUGUUCACCCCAUCCAGCAAAAGUGUGUGUGUGUGUGUGUGUGUGUGUGUGUGUGUGAAUGCAACUGACAAAUCAGUGUUAGUCAGGGGUACUGUGCACCAGGUCUUCACUUAACCACAGGUCUUCAUGUGUCCAAUUCACAACUAAUUUGCUGCAUUUGCAGGGGGUGAGAGGGUAUUUGGCUUCAAUAUUGACCGAAUGUGAGUUGACCUGUCCUGUCUUUUUCUUUUUCUUUAACAUCUUAAGGUGAUGGACAGAAUUUGGUUACAGAAGAUGUGACCGUCGUAGAGGGGGAAGUUGCCACCAUCAGCUGCAAAGUCAGAAACAGCGAUGACUCCGUGAUUCAGCUCUUGAAUCCCAAUAGACAGACGAUUUAUUUCAGAGACUUCAGACGUGAGUUCUGUGUUGUUUGGCAAAUCUUGAUAAAGAGGUUGCUGAGGGCUCCUUUUAAUUUAAUGUCAGACAUUUUAAAGGUUUAGUCAAUUCUUCAGUAAGUAGGCAACGGCAGGCAAUCAUAAUCACUUGCUUUAAUGGAAAGACUAGCUAUAGACCUUUUUAAGAGUCAGACCAUCUUGCAGUGCAAGAGGAAUUGACCACAGUAAUUCAUUCUGAAUUGCAAUUAAGUGCCAAAAUAUUUAGUUGACACAAACAAAUCGAAUAGGGCAAAUCAGGAUGUGCUUACCAUUGGAUAAGGAGAUGUGUUUGGCUCGGUGGUUGGAAUGUUCAAGCCAAUCCUUCCUUAAUCCAACUGAAGAAUGAUGUUAGGAUGGUCUUGAGCAUGUGUUUAAAACCUUAUCAAUAAGAGACGCUGUUAUAAUUCAAAUUGAGUGCUCUUGGAGUCUUUGCCUACUCUCUAGGAAAAUAUAACUAAGAUAUAUGGGGUCGUUUAUAGCCCAAGGUUAGUAGACACGAGCCAUCUUUCUCCUGGGACUGCCCUGUCUCCCAUCCUUUUUAAAAUGACAUUUAAAGUUAGGAACAAUAUGGUCCCUAAUAUUUUGGAGCAAAUUGACAUGGAUAUGUCAGUAGGCCACAAAACUUGGUUCUUCUGAGUGCUUCUUUUUGCAAGGAUACAUUUCUUUUUUCCAAAAUUGGAAAUCAUGCAUUAGGUGAGGCCAGGAAUAAUGGGACAGAGAUAUCCUUCUGCAAACAGCCAUGUGCCCUAAUCAAGGAGGGGAAAUCUGGAGAAAUUUUCGUAAUUUGUCUGGAGACUAACAAAAGGGCUGAUAGUGAAACAUGGCAUCAUGGAGGAGCUGGUGAGGUAUAUUACCUAGCCCUUGGAAUGAAGAGCUAAGAAACUAAUGAAUGGUGCUCAUCUCCCCCACCUCUCUUUAUUCUUCUGAUAUGUUGGGAUAGGUGGGGGAGAUGUAGGUAGUAGAUCUGUUAGGGGUUAGUAGAAGUAGGAAUGUGCCUGUGUUUGAACUGAUGCGCAUUCUUCUGGUCCCAGAAAUUACUUGGUGUUGUAUUUGCAACAUCAGAAAGCUUCCAACAAUUUAUUUGAUUAAUAUAUUUUAUCUAACUUUGUAAACUUCUGGACCUCGGAAGUGGCUGCAAUGCAUCUCUCCAGCUUUGUGUUGCUUGAUUAAAUGUUUCCGAUGAAUUGGCAAAACCAAAGAUUUUAGGAGUUCUGCUGGAAGUUGUUUGCUUAAACAUUCUCCCCACAUGUCCUAAACCUUCUCAAGUUUACCGUACUUUGUGAAAUCUCUGUUCAUGGGCUUUCCAUCCAUCUAUCCUUUGCCAGCCUGGAACCCUCCAGAUAUUGCUCCCCACCCAAUUUGUCAUUGGUUAUGCUGGUUGGGGCUGAUGGACCUUGCAGUCAAAGAUAUCUGGAGGGCAUCAGGUUGGGAAUGCCUGGGAUAAGGAGCCCUGUAUGUUGUAGAAGCUCAUUUGUUAAAGGCUUUCUGCAGCUUUGAGCAAGUAGGCAGGAAGGGGGAGAGUAAUUAUCAGUACUUGAUACGGGGCUUUUGUUUAGAUUAUUUGUAUUGAUUGAUGAGUACUAGUAUUGUUUAUUUCCAGAUUGUAACAUAAUGAGCCAAAAUAACAGGAUGUGAAAAAGAGGGUGGUAUUGCUACUGCAUGUCAACGCUGCUGCCACCUCUCCAGGCUUCUGGUUUUCACUGUUUUCUCUGGGAGGGAAGCACUGUAUGUCUCAUAACAUUGCCAUUUCUAAUUGUAUCUUUGUUCCACAGCUUUGAAGGACAGCAGGUUUCAGUUAGUGAAUUUCUCUAGCAGUGAGCUCAGAGUGUCACUGACGAAUGUCUCCAUUUCGGAUGAAGGAAGAUACUUCUGCCAACUCUACACGGACCCCCCACAGGAAUACUUUAUGACGAUUACAGUGCUUGGUAAGGACCAGUCAGCCCCAGACUCCAUCUUUAGUUCACUUGGGAGUGGCAAGGUGGUGGGAGGAAAAAGCAGAUUCUUGGACAUUUUAAAAACCUGCUUUAUAGCCAUCUCACCUUCAACACAGACACUGAAAUAAAUCCUCCUUACUGGGGCUGUUUCUCAUGCAAUGUUCUGUAGACAGUGGCACACCUUUUCAUGUCUUGGGAUGGAUGAAGAUAGUGUCAGAAGGAGAAAAACCCAGAAGAUUUGUUUGUUGAAACCUUAGGACCCUGAUCCACAGAAUUGUAUGUGGGAAAUUCAGCAUGUAGACACACAUUAAGAUUUCUUGGCUACACAACCCCAAAAUGUACUACUUCAUCAUGUGUUCCAAGUUGCCUUCAUCUACCACACACUUGUAUUGCCUUACAUGCAUGUACAUAAGGCAUUCUCCAGACAUGUGGAGGAGAAUGGCAGGAGGGGGCAAACCCAUAAAUUCUGGAGGAAGCUGUUGCAAAUAACUGUUCCCCUGGCAACAGCUGUCUGGAGUGUCAUUUGUGGUUUUCCAGGCAAUUACAUUAGCUCAUAUUCUUCUGUGCUCCCCCAAACCCUUACAUUUGCACCCAUGAAGCCAAGCUUCUAUCAUAACCCAUUACAGAAGUUAGAAAUAUUUGCCAAUUAGGGUGUGAGUAUUUAGUCCCUUGACAAAACACUCUUGGCUGCACUCAUUGCUUUAUUUCAAACCUAUCUGUUUAUUUUUAGAGUUCUGAGACUAUCUAAUAAAGGGCAUGAUGGGUAAUGUAACAGCUUCUGUGUUACAGUCUGUGCUACAAUGUGAAAAUCAAGCAUUGUAUGCAUGUGUAGGAAGUUACACCUCUUGGCAGGGUGAUGAUGCUUCUAAGGAUCUCUGUGUGCCUAAUUGUAGCCCACAAAUGCUGGACCAUAUUCUCAGUGUAAAAUAAUGGGCAAUAUUUAUAUUGUUCUUAGUUCUGUUUUUUUCCAGCUGGGUAUGUAAUCAUAUUGUCCCCACAUAUACCAUUGCACACUUCCAUCUUUUGCCAAAGUGUUAACAUUAUUAGAUGUAAUAUGUGUUUACUCAAAGCUGUUUUUCACUAAAGGUUGUAUUUCAUAUUCUUGCUGGAUUUAACAGGAAGGAAAACUAAGGUUGCAGUCAUCUUGCUUGGAAGGGAAUAUCACUGAACAUAGGCUACUUACUUCUGAGUAAACGUGCAUUGGAUUGCACUGUAAAUCCAUAUUAUUACUAAUUACAGUCAUACCUUGGAAGUCGAAUGGAAUCCGUUCUGGAAGUCCAUUUGAUUUCCAAAACGUUCGAAAAUCAAAUUGUGGCUUCUGAUUGGCUGCAGGAAGCUCCUGCAGCCAAUCAGUAGCCGUGGAAGCCCUGUUGGGCAUUCGGGUUCCAAAAGAACGUUUGCAAACCGGAACAAUCACUUCCAGUUUGCAGCAUUCGGGAGCCAAAACAUCCGAGUUCCAGGGCGUUCGGAAUCCAAGGUACAACUGUAUAGUUAUUAUUAGUUUCAUUUAUGAAUUGCUUCCUAUAAGGCGUCUUGAAGCGAUUUACAAUACAAUAAAAAUAGACUUAACUCAAAUUACAUAUGAAACAAUCUCUAAAAACCAGCCAUUGCAAAUGUAAAAUCAUUUUCAAAUCCAGGACUGAUACCAAGUAGUAUAACAAUCACCACUUGUUUGUUGAAAGAGGAAAGUCUUAAGUAAGUGCCUAAAAGACAAUAGAGAUGGUUCCGAAGGGCAGAAAUACCUAGUAUACACCAAUCUGGUUUCCUGCAGGUGCUGUUGAACUGCAGCUCCCAUAAGCUUUGGCCAGCAUGGCCAGUAGUAAGGGUUGAUGGGAGCUGUAGUCUAGCCACAUCCAGAUUCUGGAGGGUGCUUUAGCACAUACCCAUCUUACAUGACGAUGCCAAACUCUGGUAUGGAUGGCAACCCCUUUGGGUGCUCCUUGGUAUGCCUGGUAUCCUAAACCCCCACCCUAUUUUGUUGUGUUCCCUAUUGCCCAGUUGGGGCUGGGAUGUGUUUGCCACUGAAGCUUUAAGUGUUAUAAGGAGCUCAGUACAGAUGUACAUUUGUUUGGAUGGAUGGAUAGAAUCAAGCCCCAUGACCCCUCCAUUCCUACUCUGUAUAAUUCAUGGAGCAGCAACUCUCCAGCAUAUGAAGCAGGAGAGGAUUUUCCUGUCCAGGCUUCUGAAGAUAUUCAAGUGAUAAAGUGGGGGAUUUGAACCCAAACGCAGCCAAAUUGUUGCUUCAACCCCUACUGCAAAUUAUACUCAAGAAACACCCUCCCCCUCUUCUCUUCUUCAUGGCAUAUGGUGUCUGUCAGACACCAGUCCUUAAGUUUGUCGUGUGUGUGUGUCUCAUUCCAUUUCUCAUAGUUCAGAAGAUUACAGAACAGGCAUAACUACGGGAUUAUCAUAUCCACUGAUAAUAGUUGCUAAUACCAUAACAGCCGUAGCUCCAGAUUAAUGCUGUCUCCUAACAUUCCAGUAACGAACCUGAAUUGCAACAAGCAAUCACCAAGUGAGAUCACACUUGCUGAUUAGGUAUAUAGGUUCUCCGCUCUUACUCAUCCCUCACCACCCUCCACCCCCACAAUUUAAUGAGUUCCAGUUUGUAGUAUGUUAAUAUGUGUUGAAAAGGUAUUUAAAAUUAGCCUUUAAUAUGAAUUUCAAGUUCGGCUACCUUCACUCUUGAGAGUUGUUUCCUAACACUGCUGCAUUAAGAGAGCUUUUUAUUCUCAUGUUUCCCAAACUAAGAUAGCAAGUGUGUGCGCAUGUGGACACACACACACACACACACACACACACACACAUACACAUUCAUUUCUGCUGAGGUGCUUCCAGGGAUGCUCUUGUGUUACUCCUCCCCCCGUGACUGAAAGAUUCAGGCGGAGGAAGGAGCAACAUGGCAGUGUGUAUAUGUGCAGUGCACACACACAUACACACUUGGGCUGACCUGUCCAGCAUGCAUCACAUGGCUUUGAGUUUCACCUACAUUCUUGGGGAUAGGAACUUAUUUGCAAGUGGGGGGCAAGGGGAAGACCAGACAUCACCUUCUAUUCCACAGGGGACUUGCAUGCCUUGUUGACCUUUGUGCUUCCUCCUCCCUUUGUUUUUUGAAGACGCCAUGCCAUUCACUUGUUUAUGGACCAGAAACAACUAAUUUAUUAUCUGCACAAUUCAUUUUGUGCACACUUCCUUACCUGCGUUGGGGUGGGUGGGGAGAGAACAGAACAUAUUAUUCACACCUGAAUCGCACAACUGCUUCAUUAGUACAAUAACAGCAAAAACAAUGAAGAAAAUGUGUCCACUCAUUUAUAAACAAUAUCCAUUUAAAUUUUAUUUUAAUGCUUGAUUUAAUAAACACAGUACCAGCAGGCAACUGUGUUAACAUUGUCUUUACUGAUUAUAAAAUAGAAGGGGGGGGGACGCCUAUCCCAUCCAUUCUCAUCCACCCACCCUGUUUGCAGGGAGGUGGGGAAGAGGAUAAUGGAAAGAUCUUUACUUUUUGGUGGACUUUGUGAUACUGUAGUUAUGCUCAGGGCCAGCCUGGCCAUAAGGCAACGGUAGGACACUGCCUCAUGCGGCAGGAUCCUCAGGGGCAGCAGAUCCAGCCUCCAAUGAAUGUUUUGCUCCCUGCUGCUCCCACUGCCACAGAGGCAGCAAUGGCUGUGGUGUGCUUCUUGGAGGCCAGAUCUGCCUCCUCCUCAGCACUCCCCUCAUACCACCUCUACGAGGGUCUCUCGAUGAAUAGGAGAUGCUGCUGGUCUACUCCCACCCUUCCGAUGUAGAUAUUUAUUCCCCCCUUCUUCCUGGUUUCGAUCUUUACUCACCUUUUCUUCCCUGGCGGGGGUGGGGGUAUCAAUUUUGUGGUUCGCCUCAGGUGCCAAAAUGUCUUGGGCAGGCCCUGGUUAUGCUUCAGAUUCUCUUCUGCUCCAGACUCUACCGGAUUAUAUUUCAUUGAUCAAUUCAACCCUCUGGCUUUGGAUUUCACAAAAAAAUAGAAUAAAAUAAAAAAAUGACUUAGCUGUGCUGAACACAUGCCUGAAAGGAAGGAAAGAUGCUCUCUCUAUAAUAAUGCUCUCUGAUGCAAGAAUCUAUUAUUCGUGUUGGGUUGCAUUUCAUUUAUUUUCUUUGGAAAACGACCCCCUUCUUUCCCUCUCGGUCUGAAAAUCCUGAAUCUCCCUUAGUUUGUUUUACUCUAUUUUUUGCUAAUUAUUUUUGGAAUAGGAAAUGUGGAAUUUACAUUCAAAUGGAGGGCGAAAGCAGGGUGCUACUUUAAAGAUGCAUUUAUAAUACGUUUGAUCUGUUAGAAUUAUUGCAGAUGGUGAUGCAUUUACAAAGUGUUCCCUUAAUCAAAACUGUAAGUUGAAGAGGACCUUCUAUGCGGCAGCUGAUCCACCUCUAAUCUGUCCAGCAGCUAUCCCACAUGUUCAGUUUCUUGGAGGUGUCAUGAAAGACAACAACAUGCUGAGAUCUCUAUAUAUCUGUAUGCUGUUUCAUUCUAGUCCCACCACGUAACUUGAGGAUCGAAGCCCAGAAGGAGACCACAGUGGAAGGAGAAGAAAUUGAGCUGAAUUGCACAUCGUUGGCCAGCAGACCACCCACAGUGAUCAGAUGGUUUAAAGGCAACAAGGAGCUAUUUGGUAGACCCCUUCUCCCUCAAUCAACUUAAUGGUGUGGUUGUGGUUUUUAGAGAUGGUUUUGCUGAUAAGCAGGAUACUCCCGUGAUGAUGUGAGAAAAUAACUCAAAACAUCAGAAGGGAAUCUUUUUCAGCCUGAGAGCUGCAUUUCAUUAUGGGCAACCUUCUGUGGGCUGCAUGCCAGAGGUGGGUGGGACCAGAGACAGCAAGUGGGCGGAGCAACAGGUGUGACUCUUACCCCCAGUAGGUCACAUACAAACCACACAAAAGCCAGAGAUUCCUGUGACCCCCCCUCCACUAACACACAUACACCGUCUCCAUCUUCCAGGCAAGUAAGAGGCACUGCCAUAGCAAAGGACACAUUCCAGCCAGGCAAAAUCAGUUCAGAAGGGUGCUGAGCAGUGAGUGGUGUGGUCUUUUUAUAACGUGGAGUAGCUUUUUCAGUUGAUCUGGAGCACGAGUUGUGGUUUCGUGAUAGACCCCUCCUUGAAAAGUAAACCAGGCGUCUCAAAUUUUUGGGAAGCCUUUCCACUUUAAUCCCAGGCAUUUCCCUGCUCUCCCUUACCUUUUUCUGCCUGUUGAAAUUGGCUUCCCUUUGGCAGGAUGCCCCGCACAGACUGCUUCUGCUUCUGUUUCAGCCCGUUGCUGCUGUAUUUUGCUGGGUCUUCAACAGUACCACUGUUUAAAUAUUUUAAUUACUACUUUUAAUUAUGUAAAUCCAUGGAGUCACUUUCCCUCUUAAUUAUUGAUGAUGGCUUUUGGCAGUGGCAUUGGAGGAAGAGGGUGGAGGAUUUCUGGCUCCAUUGACUUAAGUGUUUGGAAGGCAUCCUGGAAUUCCUAAUCCUCGCUGCCGAGCGCUGUAGAUUUUGUGUUUAAUAUCACAAGCUGGAGAUAGGGCCCCCCCCCCUAUAAAUCUGGAAGCGAAUAAGAGAAUAAGAACUCGCAGGCUUCCUUUCCUUGUGAUUGACUUGAAAAAGGUCUUUCCAGCCCUACUCCAUUGCAAAACUGUUUGCUUAACUUUGAUACCAGCUCUCCUCUUUUCCCUCUGUAUCCCUGUAUAUACCAGAUGUGGGAAACCUCUGGCCUUUCAGAUGUUUCUGGAAUCCAAUGCCUAUCAGCCCCAGCCAGCAUGGCCAAUGAUCUGGGAUGAUGGGAGUUCGCCAUCUGUGGGAUCAUAGGUUCCCCACUCCUGCUGUAUACGGCAGGUAAACAGCCACUCACCUGGCCACCUUUGCCAGCUAAGAAUUUCCUCCUGACCGCCAGGAAGAGAAGCUGCUUGUCAACUAAAAAAUGAGUUGUUUCCCUUUAUUUUGUGCAGGUCAUCAGUGUGCCACAAAUUAAUCCAAUAAGUAUGUAGGUAGGAAAGUAACAAUGAAAGGCAGGUGUUGCCACCCUACAAACACCCAUAGAUUAUAGGAAUGUGCAAAUAAAAACAGAGAGAAUAAGGUUGCAAGAAUAUGCCUGUUGGGGGGUUAUGAAUAGGUCAGCAUAUGCAUAGUUGAACUAUCUAAGAAUUGCAGAAGUGGAGAGAAGCUCUGGAAUAGAUAAGUUAAGCGAGGCAAGUCACUACUAGAUGAGUACAGAUUGCAGAAGUGACUUCAGUUGAAAAUGACAACACAAAUGCAGCGAUGGAGGAUGCUCUUGGAUGGGUCUAGUCAUUUGCCAUUUACCUGCUCUUUUUCCUCCCCUUUCAUGUCCAUUAUGCAGGUAAAACAGAAGAGGAGCAGUGGUCAGACAUGUUUACAGUGACCAGUCGCCUGUCGUUGAAGGUCAAGCGAGAGGAUGAUGGGGUUGCUGUUGUCUGUCAGGUAGACCAUCCUGCCGUCAAAGACUUGCAGACCAAGUACUACCUAGAUGUAAUGUGUGAGUACCAGAGUCACAACCCUUCCCCCCCCCUUGCCCCACACAUGGAAGUGGCUUGACCAAAGCGAUUGAUUAGACAAUUAUGGUUUGUUGUAGCAUGCAAAAGCAGUUUAUCUGAUUUGAUUAAAUGAGAUGUUUAAAGUAUUGAAUUUGGGUUUAAGGCUUUCUUUCCCUGCUCUUUUUGAAGACAAAUUAUUUCUCAUCGUCUGUUCUUGUGCUAUCAGUGCAGAGCUGCCUCAAGACAUGUGAACUAAGCAUUUAAAUAUUAACAUGGAAGCGUGUCAAGGUUUAUUAUUAUUAUUAUUACAAAAAAACAUACAAACACAUGUAUCAAUGCCGUCUACAAAGACAUGGAAUCCUAGAACAGAUUGGAGUGCUGGUAAAGUCAGUGGGUCUAACCAUCAGAAUAAGAGGACAAGAAGAUAGAGUAUAUAAGAAUUGGAAAAUGCAUGUAGAGUAUAUGAAAAAUUACAGCAAACAGGUUAAAAUGUUAGCAGGAUUAAAAUAAAUUCAGCAGUAUAAAAUACGUGGAGAUAAAGUGAGAAAGAGAAAGUAUGGAGGGUCUGCAAUAUGCAGGAAUAAUUGGAAAGCUAGAAGGAAACCAUGGAAAGGUGGAAAAGCAAUCAAAGUUUAAAUAAUUUGUAAAAUAAUGUUGUAGUGAAUUUAAAAAAUGUAUUGAUGAAAAAUAUAAUUAUUUUAAAAAUGGAGUGCCUGUAGAGUCUAGUGACUACGGUUCAAUUCUGCACACUUCUUCAUCUACUCUAGAAGCUGUGAGUCAGAAACCCCUGUGUUUAGGUCUUACCUCAGCCAUGAACUACCCAGGUGACAAUUAGGUAAGCCAUUCUGGUUCUGGUUAUGAGCUGCUUCAAGCGUUGUGUAGCAGCAAGUACAAGUUAGCAACCAAAUUAUGCUGGAGUGGGACCAGCUGUCACUCCAUCUGACAAGAUGAAUAUGUCUCCCUUUUUAGGAGCUCCACAGAACUCCACUUUUGGAAGCUUUGGGUAUCUCAAUCCUGCCCUAUCUUGAUAGUGUAUGUUCCGUUAUGUAAGAAUUGUUACUACAGGAUGCUUUAAAGUAGAUCCCACUGGCUGGAUUGUUGAUUUGCUUAAGCUGUGUCUUUCAGUUUCAGUAAGAACGCUAGAGGUCUCUUACCAUUCCGGGGUGCCUUGGCAUCUGCAUAUUCCUAGUUUGUUUCUUAUGCUGAAAUAAUGCUGAGAAUUGUGGCAGAAAUGGCUGGCCUCUUUCUGGGAUGGGAAGGGACCCAUGCAGUGUGGCAUCAUUCAUUUGAAAACAAGGAAGAGCAGCAACCUGGCAUCAGUCCCCCAGUACCUCUUCAUGUUCACAGAGGAACAGAAAUGAAGCAGGGCGAUCAGGAGAUGGUGAUUCAAAACGUCUUUUGUAUAUGCAGCUCAACCAUAACAUUACACAAAGAAGCCCCUGUGUUAAUUUAUUUCUUCUACUUCAUUAUGUUGUUCCAUUAUGAGCAUUCUGCUUACAAUUUUCAUAUCGCCCAAAAGUAUUGGGGGAGUAAUGUCCCCAUAAUGGGAAAACAAAAACCAUCAGAUACUGCCUAAAUUGGCAGAUUGUAGCUGUCUUGCUACUGUGCUAAUGUGUAAUUCAUUUAUGCAAACUUAAUGUCCAUUAACAUUUCUUGUAGAGCUCCAUUAGCUUUAAUAAUACAUUAGCACCUUUGUUAGGUCUGAUCAAAAAAGCUUAACCACACACACACAGACAGAGACAGACGCAUGUACAGGCGCACGCAGGCAAAAAAAGGGAGAUGAGGAAAGUUGCUUGAACUGUUGCAAGGUUGCCUGCUUGCUUAGGAACAAGGCUGGUCAAUUUUGUGAACAAAUGUUAUGGCAAACCAGCUGCUGCAGGUGACAGCUGUUGGGUGACAGAUGUGAUUCAAGCGACCAGAAGGGUGGGCAGAGAAGGUUUGUGACUGAACCAUCUACCAAUGGAGCAUGUUCUGCCAGUUUCUGACACAACAAGAGAAGUAGACUCCCAAUUUAGUCUGUUUAAAAUCCCUGGUCUUAUAAUAACUCAUGAUGAUGUAGGUUUUGUUCAUGUAAGCCUAUCCAGACACAUAAAUGUCAGUGUAUUUUUAAUCUCUUUCACUGUUAAUUUUAUUUAUUAUUUCUAAUAUUUUGAAUUGCUUUAGCGGUUUUAUGCUGAUAAUUUUAACAUCUCUUGUAAACCUCUUAAAGAUCUCACUGCAAUCAAACGGUAUAUAGAUUUGGUUAAAUAGAUCUUUUAAAAUAAGAUUUCUAUACCGCUUCUUAUUUGCAGAAGGCAGUACCAAAGUGGUUCACGCAACAAUAAUAAAACACAACAAAUCCAAACAAAAUAAGCAUCAAAAUGAAUCCUAUUAAAGAAAGCCUGGAUGAACAAGUAUGUCUUCUGUUGGUGGUGAAACCUCUGCCCAGAGGGCGGCAUAUGCCACUUGCAUUUUCUGACUGCGGGAUUAGAAUAUAUUUGGCACCCCUGUUACUGAGGAAUGUGUGAUCUUGGAGCAUAGCAAUACGUUCUCUUGUUUUCUUUUUCAUAAGCUGCAAGCCUUGGCUUAGGUUUCCCCCUCCUUUGGUACCGCCAGUGCAAUGGAGCUACAGAAGAAAUUGCACAGCCCACUCAUCUGCUGCCUGAUGUCCAGAUUGCAGCAGCCUUUUGAGUCCACGCCAUGCCUUUCAGAGAAAUAGCACUUGUGAAAUCAGGUGUAAUUGUCUUACGCUCUCAAUAGCUUUUUGGACUCGCAAUCAGAACAAGGUGUAGCCCUCCCAAUCACCGUUUCAAGCACACCAGCUGACCGUUCUGUUAGGUUGCAGGCGGGCAGCGGCCUGAAGUGGUGCCGAGCAAGGGGUACCUAAGCAUUGGCAUCUCGGUGGUGUAUCAGAGGCCACAUCUCCUCCAAUAAGCCUCCGUGGAGAGGACGAGGAGAGGCAGUCCUUGAGGAAGGGGGGGGACACUAAAGAACCGGGACGUUAUCCGCCGCUUCACAGUUCACGCGUGACCCUGACCCGGCCAUUCCCUUUCCAGCACCUGCCUCUGUGAUCAAGAGAGCCGCGCCAAUGAAUGCACAGUCACAGCGAACGAUUUUCUCACUUUGGUGUACUUAGUAUGAGAUGGAAUUUCAGCAGGAAGUGGCUUGUAAUAAAAGAGAAGGUAUUAGCAGGAAAAAUUCAAAUUAUCUACAGAGGUAUUUCAAGGCAGUGAGCUAAUUAUUGUUUGCUCAAAGUCCUGAAUAUGCAGACACGCUAACGUUUCUACAAAAGAGAGGCGGGGGAGGGGGGAAAGCUAAAUCGGGAAGAGACCUUUAUUAUGGCAACAGAGCAAAUUUGGCUCCCCUUUUUUGGAGUCUCUUCCCUCUGCCCACCCCCCGGCUUAGAAACUAUGAAGAACACUUAGCAAGACCUGUAAGGAGAGUACUAGGUUAAGGUCUAGAGUCAGAUGUAACAGCAGAGCAUCCUUUUUUUAAUGAGAAAGAGCAGAGGCCAGCCUUAGGCUCAUCCCUCCCCCCCCCCUUCCAGUGCAUUAUGGGGAGGAAAAAAGAAGCUUCCAUUUGGAGUUUGCAACAAUAUGGCAGAUGUUUGUUCUGACCCUACCAUGGUUCUCCAACCAGGAUAAAUUGCAUACUGGAAGUGGAAGCUUGCAGUCUUCUCCCUUGUAUAUGAAGGAAAUGGGAGGAAGGAGCACGCCAGCCCAAGUUUCAUGCCUACUCAUUCUCAAAACAGCUAUCGAAUCAUCAGGAUACGUUGCCUUGAGUCACAGAGAACUGGUGCCUUCCAACAUGUCUUGUCGUAUCUGCAAAACGCUGCACUGCCACCUGGCCUCAAAGCAGUGGCCUUUGAUUCCGGCAGCUAUAGAGGGCCACACAAUGAACAGGGACUUUUGGUUUGAUUCUUGGCUUGUUCCUCUCCAACUUUGCUAUAAUUUCAGGAAUGCCUGUUCAGUGUUGAGAGACAAAUAAGCCACAUAUUAACUCUUCUAUGCAGGGUAAAUUCCAGGCAUCAGAGAAAAAUCUACUGUGAGGGCAAUGGUCAAACAAAACAGGAUAAGAAGAGGGAGGAAAGUGUAGUUAUGUGCUGAAUUUGGAGUGCCUUUGCAAGCCAGUCAGGAUGUUUCUAACUCAUACACACAUUUGGGAGCAAAGUGGGCGAGGGGAAGGGAACUUUAAAUUGGUACAGUAAACCAUUCCUUCGAUGACUGAGCUUUGUGUCUGCCACAGCCCCUUGAAUGUGGUAAUCGCAGUGUUUGCAAGGAGAGAUUUUGUCCGCAUACCUGCCUAGCUAUUGUUCUCCACCCGUCAGUAAUUCCAUUAGAAGCAGAGCCUCCUGCAGCGCAAUUUCACUUUGUUGGAAGUUAGCAUGCGAGAUCUCCGCCUGACAAGUCUGACCUAUUUAACUUAAGGUUUUAUGAGCAUUUCAUUUAAGCUGAGCUUUUCAUGCGGCUGCUCAACUGAAAUUAUGGAUUUGGGCUUUGUUUUGUUAUUUGCAUCGAUGCCACUGUGAGAACUUUGAGAACUUAGCGAGUGGUUUCAUUGGCUGUUUCAAUGAACGGCUGCCUAGUGGAAACCAAAAGUUGGCUAAACAUGCCCACUCCAGGCUGGGUGGUGGGUUGCUGGAACAUGGUGCAUGCAUACCUGUGAAACUGAAGACAAAUGUCUCUCACCUGCAUAUUCAGAAGCCUAGGAGCAUCUGGUGCCUCUGAAUUAUUCUUAUUAUUCUUAUUAUUAUUAGCCUUAACUAAUUAUGACUAGGAUGUGGGAGGCAGGACACUGGCUUGAAAACAAUCCUGAAUACACCUUUUCUGUAUGCCCCUUAGAGGGGCUAUUUUUAACAAGUGGUAUAAAAUGUUGUAAUAUAUAAGCCAUGCAAUGCAAGGAAACCUGUGAGCUAAAUGAAUAGACCUGCAGUUAUUUUCAAUCUCCUCUUGCUCUCAUGUCUGGAAGCUGUUAAAAUAUGCCCUUCUCAACAGCAAAGUGUCUGGAUGUUUGUGGUUCUCCUCUUUUGUCACGAGUUGCUUCACAUAGAAGGAGAAGUGGGAUGCACAUUGCUUUUUUUUUAAAAAAAAAGUACCAAGACUGUCCAUACCCCAUGAACAAGCCCCAUCAAAGUCUGAGAAUUGCACAGGCCGAUGGUUCCCAUCCAUUUCAUCUGGACUUGUGCUGAAGAUGUUCCUAGUUGAGUAGGCAUGCCUUGUCUCCCUGGUUUUGACCUCUGAUGCUCCCAGGUAGGACCUCGGUCACACAUUCCUAAACGUGACUAUCUUGCCAUGGUUAUGGACGGUACUUUCCUAUGGUGGAAAGGUCCUCAGAAAUCUGGCUUUCUGUGUGUGUUGAGGAAGAUGCUUCCAAAGAACACCCGAGAUGUGCAGGAUCUUAUGUGUCACCAAGCACCCUGUAAUGUGAAAUGGAAUAUCGCCUUAAUUCCAGGAGAACAAAGCUGAAACUGAUGUGUCUGCUGUGAAACUGAAACUGUGUGUCUGCUGGAAGGGCACAUAGCCAUAGCUGCCUUUGCACUUGGGUGGCAGUCACAAGCCAGUUAGUUAUGCCAUGGGAUUGGACUGGUGCAGCAUAUUGAAGAGAUAGUUUGCCCCCAGUGGUGGCUGAUCCAGUGUAUACUCACAACUCCUUAUGUUGCUUGAAAAGGAAGCUGUGGGUAAAUGUAAUUUUAAAAAAGGAAAUGGAGCAUCAAAAUACAUUAAGGCAUCAUUAAGGGCUUGAGCUAAACAAACAGGAGAAGGGGAAAGCUCAGUCUUGCAUGCUGUGUGUGUGUGUGUGUGUGUGUGUGUGUGUGUGUGUAAUCCCUUGCCUUUGUAGUACCUUCCUCCUUCCUUUGUUAUGUAACACUAAGGGGAAGGCAGACAGGCACAGCUGAAUUUUUAAGCCCCAGGAGAAGUAAUGCAGAGUUAAGUCAUAAUUAAUGGAACACAGAUAUUUAUAAUGUCUACAUGCAUGUUUAUAAAAAUAUAUACCCAGGGAAGCUGCUGUAACCUCUGUUUGUUGUUCAUAACCAAGAGAAUUCCCUGUGCUCAAUUAUGUUUAACAAAAAAGCAAAAAAAGGAAAGAAAUAGAGGGAGGAAGGAGGCUAGCCAUAUGUGGGUACCUCGUGCUUUAAUAAUCUGUUUGCUUCUGGUGAGUGCAAAUAUUAAUUGCAAUAGUAUGCAGUGAAGUGAUUAACAUCAAUAUAAUUUAUCAUCUGGAGAUUUCUGAACAUAAAUAAAUGAGUUGUUUUGUUCAGCGAGGUGUUGACCCUUUCAGAAUAUGUGAUUUAAAGGGGUUUUAUAUUAUUAUUACUAUUAUUGUAAAUAUGAAAGGCACUACGAUCAGCCGAGUGUUCAGUUAUUUGAUUUUCUGGAGCAUUAGCCACUCUUGUUUGUGACAUUUCCCAGUUGGGUGCUCGUUUGCGAGCUCAUUAAUAAGGCUUUCUCUGAGGAAUGUUGCUGCAAAUGAAGAACAGUAUAGCAGAGUCUGGCCCUGUGAGCAUAACUCCCAGUCACAGCGAGUGUGCUGUUAAAGGGUUUAAAAUGGGAAAUAAUUACACCCUGGCCUAAACCCAGAGGCCCCUGUUCUUUGCUGUGAAUAAAAAGGGAAGCUUUUGUGCUUUGGAACAAAAAGAAAGAAAGAAAAAAGAAAGAAACCUAAUAUUUUGGUGCAAUCCUUUUUCGGUACCAAAAUGGAUUCUUUCAUGAUUUGGGCCUCUCCCUUUGUUGGCUGGGCUUGGUUUCCCCCCACCCCCUUCUCUCAGCUGUGUUACACCAAACUGUAAUGCAAAGUAUAAUUGGUAGCAAAAGGCUGUAAGAUUUAUAGUUCCUAACAGACUGUUUUAACAAGAACAUCCAAACAAAAAGAGAGAACAUGAAAACUCAUUCUGUACAUAGCAAUUCAGGGUUUACUCUUUUUUCAUCUUGAAACAUGUAUCACUGUGCGAGUGAAUAAGAAAACAGUGCAAUUGUGUAAGAGGAAUGUGGUGCUUCCUAGCCUUUACGUUUCAUACCUGAAUAGUAAUGCCAAGUUAGAUUAUUUUUACUUCCUUUCUCACCCACCCACCUACCCGCUGCAGCCUGUUGUUCAUUCUAGGUCUGAAUUGGAAGUGGCACUAGCCCAAAGCAUACCUCUGCAUCAAGUGGUUUCAGGGAGUAAUCCCUGGCCAGCCACAGAGGACUUAUCUCAUGGCUCAAGUGACUACUUGAGUUGCUUGUGUAGUCUGGCUGUCCUUCCUUGGGAGGUUCCAUCCCAAGUUGGCGCAGCUUCCUUGGCCACUGAGGAAAUGGUGCAACUCAGGAAAAGGACUGUAGCUCAGGGGCAGAACAUCUUGCAUGCGGAAGGUCUCAAGUUUAAUCCCUGGCUUUCCCAAGUAGGACUGGGUCUGUCCCCAUCUGAAAUCCUGGAGAGCCACUGCCAGUCUAUUUGGGUCAUCAGGUAUCUGUUGCAAGCACCACAUGGCACUUGAACCUCAGAAUAAUCAAUCCAGCUGCCCGCAUAGGAUGAGAGGUCAGCCAUGGUUCUAUUUCCUGAGCAACUGCAGCAUUGUAGUCCUUGCUUCCAAAUGAACUUGUUACCUCUCAUUGCUAAGUGACUUGCUGUGAGUGUCAUGGAGUGUUGGACAUAGCAUCCUGAGACAAGCAAGUUGCCUCGGGAACCCAUAGAUUACUCUGAGAUCCCAUAGGUUGCUAACAUUCCAUAAAAAUCCACGAGAUCCACAGAUGAGUCUUUAGGUUCCACUGAUUUCAGGGGGGCAUUUGCGAGCCUGUCUUCUCUGGGUUGUUCCACUUCCCAAUGCUGUGUGCAUUAGAAAUUGUGCCGUUUCAGAAAAGCAGGCAGGCAACUUGCUCACAACAGUGAAAGAAAUGUCCUUAACAGGGUUCCAAGGGCAGCCAGAACUGCAAGACUGCCCACCGUCCGACACGCCUCCCCAGGUGUCAUCGGAUCCCACGCAUGCCUGCUAAUUGAAUAGGCUGCCAUAUUUCCUUACGGUAUUGUACAGGUCUAUGCAGCUGCAUGGACAUUGAAAAAAAGGCUGCACUGAGGCAGAGGCAAGAGAGAGACACAGAGAAAGCCAUGAAUGAAUGAAUUUAUUAAUACGGUCACAGACCAGCGCCAACACACACAGCAUCACAGAUCAUAAAAAAUAAUAAUAUCAAAAAUACAGAGGACAAUAUGAGUAUAACAAGCAUUUAAAUAUAAAAAAUUAAAAUUAAUUAUUAGCAUGCCCCCUGCAAUUAACAUUUGGGGUUUGGUCACCAUGGGAUACCACUUGCUUCCUGUGACUAAUUGCAGCCGCACAGAAUUUGGCUACAUUUAAUGUAGUCUUGGGAUUCUUGUCCUCUAGCAGUGGUUCCAAACCAUGGUGUUCCGACUCUUUCCUGGACUUCCGCAAAACAGGUGCAAUAAAAGUCAAACGUAUAUCCUCAUAAAGGCAACAACGUAACAGUACAUGUGAAGCAGUCUCAACCUCCAACGAGCCACAGGGGCAGACCCGCGCUGUAUAUGGUUUACCCUCAAAUCUGCCCUGAAGUAAGGCAGAAGGGAGAACGUUGAAUCUGGCGAGGGUAAAAGACCGUCUGUAUUUGGGUACCUGAAGACCUGACAGAUAGUUAGCUGGAGAAAAACCUCUCCCAUUGUCCCUUAUUGCAGGAUGUUUGAUCAUUUCACUCAUGUGGCAUUGUAAUUCUACGUCCCAGAUACGCUCAGAGAAAGCCAUGAUGGGAGAUAGAGGCUUAGAGGACUGUGGUGCAUUCCUCUGGCCAUCUAUUGGAAGAUGUGUUUCUGCAGCUUAGCCCACAGCAAUACAGUCAGCUGCCCCCUAGGCAGUACAUGGGUUAUUCACCGUGUCCCCUGUCCCACCCAAACAAAGCCUCUGGGGAGGAGAAUAUCCACUGAGGCAAUUUUGAUGUAGUGACAUGUGCCAUGGGUUGUUCAAUAAUAUGGGUCAAGGACUAAAGCCAGGAAAUCACAGUGACUUCACCCCCUUUCUGUAAAUAAACUUUUAAGGUGCAAUUCAAACUCCCUUUACGUGGGAGUAAGCCCCAUUUAAUUCAAUAAGACUUGCUUCUUGGCGGGAUUGUGUUGUAAUUCACUAAAACCAAUUUUCUCUGCCUAAAAAGCAGUAGCGAAAUUCAGUUUUCCUGAUGUAUCCUCAUAGGAAAAACAUCGGAAGUGCCCUUCUAUUGAGUCAGACCGUUGGUUCACCUAGUCCAGUAAUGGGGGUCUGGGAAAAUAUUUUCUCUGUGGCCUUCCGUAAUUGUUGAAUGCCCUCCCCAUAGAGCUGUGUCUAGCUAGACUCUACCACUGCCAUUAUUCAGCUUCCAUUGUAUGCUGAAGAUGAUCCUUUUUACCCUGGCAUUGGACAUUUAACGUAUUUUUGUGGGACCAAUCUCUUCUGUUCUGGUUGACCUGCACUGCGCUGCUUUUGUUUGGAAUUGUUUGGCUUGGUUUUAAUUGCAUGAAUAUAUUUGUUGCAAUCCACUCUAGGACCUUAUGUUGAAAGGUAAGAGAUCUUAUAAAUAAACAAUAUUGCCUGCGCUGACUGGCAGCCACUGUCCUCUGCUUUAGACAGGAUCUCUCCUAACCCUACCUGGAGAUGCUGGGCACUGAACCUGGGACCUUUUGCAGGUGCUGUACCUCUGAUCUAUGGUGUUUCUGCUUUCGAUUCCAUUUAUCACUCUUUCCCCUUGCCUUCCCCCAUUGGUCUUGGUUUUCUUAGUACUGUUCUUCCUUGGUUUCCCUCUUAUUUUUUGAACUGUAGUUACCUUGUACUGGUUAAUGGUUCUUUCCCCAACUGGGGUUCCACGAGUUUCAGCGUUGGACCCUUUGCUUCUCAUUCCCAUUCCUUUAUGGUCUCUUAUUCACUCCUUUGGUAUGUUGCCAUGUCUAUGCUGAUGAUAUUCAGUUAUUCUUUACUAUCUCUGAUCUGUCGUCUUGUUUAAAUCUUUGAUCUUGUCUUGCUAUUUCUUCACAGCUGUCUGCUUGUUCUUUAAAGCUAAAUCUUUCAAGGACAAAAUUUCUUAUUUUUUUUUUCCUCUGGACUUUUCCCUUCCCGUCUGUUUUUGUCAAUGAUGCAACUAUUUUUCUUUCCUUUCAAAUCAAAGAUAUUGCUCCUCUUUUUUUCCCUUCUGCGAUUCCAUCUUUAGCCAAGCCUUUUCAAGCCUUUUUCAGUUGUCUAAUAUUGAUAAGAUCCUUUCCCCCCCCCCCCCCGUUAUUUCUGCCCAUUGUUCCAUCCUGUGUUCUCAUUUUGCCCAGAUUGGGUGAUUGUAAGACUCCUUAGGUAGUCUUUCCCAUUUUAAGCUUCUUGUUUCUUAAUUUGAUUUUUUUCUUCCCCUGCCCCAUCUUAUUUAUUUUUUUCGACAUGCAAAUACGAUCAUGCAUCUCUGCUUAUGAUGUUGCCUUUUUUUCCCUUUUCACAUUCAAUUUAAGAUUAUGUUACUUCCCUCUAGCGCCUUUCAUUUCUGAUUUCUCUGUAGUCUCUUUUGGGGUCUUUGUUGCUUCUUACAUCACAUCUCUUCCUUUGAUUCAUGCUUUGGUUCUUCUUUUCCUUAUCUACGAAACUCCUUACCAGCUGAUAUGUGAUUAAUUUAUUCUCUUCUUUUUUUAGCAAAUGCCUUAGGACUCGCUUAUUUUUGCAUUUGGCCUGCUCCGGUUUUUUAGUACUAGUGCCUCUGUGUGUGUAUGUGUGUGUGUUGUUUUGGGCGCGCCAGUUGAGCACUUCACAAUUAAUCAAUAUUAUUUUCUCUCCUCUUCCUUUAUUUGUGGUUGGUAGCUGUGCAGGAGUAAAGGGCAUCAGGACCAGCAUGACAUUCCUGUUGAAGGGGAAAGAGGGAGGGUUUGACUUUCAUUUGCUCAUGAAAUUCAAAUACGGGUUAUAAGGCUGUGAGGUACAGGGACGGAAAAAACCAUUCCUCAUCUAAUAUUCUGACAUGAAACAUGAAAAGUUUUAUGUGGUCAAGCCAGCACAGGCUGAUAUUGACUUAUCUCCCAAGAAUGUGAAGAGAGCAGGCAUUCUAUGCCUCCGGAAAUGUGUGCUGCACAGUCUUAGCUUGUACUGAAAAUAUGUGCAAUUUUAUUUUGUGCUAAAAAGAGAGAGGGAGUGUUCAUCAAGCCCCCAGUGGGCUCUACCCUAACUCCUCCCCCCCAAAAAACCUGGUUGUUGCUAUUUUAUAUUGUGUAUGUCACUCUUUCUAGACCAUAUGAGAAAAUAAAGGUAUUUUAUUAAACUAUGUCAGAUUGUGCAGUUAACUAUCUGGAUAUAUGGAUUUGUGUUUUCUCUUAACGUGUGUGGCUGACCCAAGACUCACGGGCAUCCAAGGCAGAAAAUCCAGAUAGCAUUCGUCUAUGUCAGUAACCAACGUGUUGUUAUUUCUUAUCUGUGGGGAUUGCAUAAUGAUUGGCCCUAUUGAACUCCCACUGCUUUAUAAGAAGGCAAAUAAAUUUUGUUUUCUGAAAGCUGCUAUGAAUUUUGUUUUCUGAAGGCAGCCCUGUAUAGGGAAGUUUUAAAUGUUUGAUGUCUUACUGUGUUUUUAUAUUUUGUUGGAAGCCACCAAGAGUGGCUGGGGCAACCCAAUCAGAUGGGCAGGUUGUUGUUGUUGUUGUUGUUGUUGUUGUUGUUGUUGUUGUUGUUAUCAUUAUUAUUUUCUAGUCUGUUCCCUCCGUCUUAAUAAUAAAAUAAUCAGUCAAUCCUUAUUGUAAAAUGAUUCUAAACAUUAUAAAAUAAACAUUAUAAGCAUUAUAAAAUAAUAAUUGUUGAGUAUGUAGUAAUUAGUGCACAUGUCUUCUUAACCUUGUUUAUAUCCCAGGAUGAGAAGCAAUGGUAAUAUCACUAGCAGAAUAGAUAAAUUAAUAAAUAAUAUAAAAAUGUAUUCUAAGCUGUUCUUUAUUUCAGAUUUUUGAGGGGGGGGGGUUUCCCCGCCGUUAGAUGUAACUAACUUCUCUUCCCUGCCACCACCUUCAGAUAUUACAGUCUUGCAUUCAGUUCUUUCAUUUAGUGCAGAUUUGCUGCCAAUUCCAGGAAUUGGAUGUGGGAUUGCGUGUAAAUAAAAAUGGAUAAAGCGGCGCUCAAUUGGCUGCCUUGAGCUGAUAGCAUUCUGGUUAGAUUGUUUGUUGCUCCGCAUGUGCCGUUGUUGAAGGCAAUGGACUUUGUAACUGCGGACUUGGGCUCUUGUUCCUACAGGGUCUUUCCAAAGGAUUUCUGAGCUGCCUCCCUGAGUGCAAAAUGCCUUUAAUCCCUCGGUGUGUUUGUGUUUGGGGAUUUGUGAGAUUCAUCGGCACGAGCAGAAGUCUCCGCUUUGUUCCAACAAAAGGCAGCGGCCUGGCAUUUCUUCCCUUAAGCUUUUCCUAGCACAAAUGCACCCAUCGGAGCCUCGGCGUAUUAAUAUGCCACGGCACAAAGUAUUGUCAGCCCAUAAAAUAUGAUACAUGAUAAAAUGUAUCAAUUCUGAGCGCCACAAAUCUGCCGUUUCACCUCAGCAUGAAGGCAAAUGAGUUUCCUUUAGCUCGAGUGAGUUCAGAGAUAAACUUCAAUUUAACAAAAUUUCAUUUUGCAAGAACCAGUGGGGCUGCUGCCCUUGGUGUGCGGAUUCCUUAUCAGUGCGUUAGGCUUUGGAGGCUAUUAGUCAACUUAAUUUGGGGAAAUGCCAGGAUAAUUUGCUGAUUAGACGGGUGCAGUGGAGAGGGGCAGGAGGGUGAAGCUGUGUCAGUACAAAGUUUUUGUUUCACGAUCUGUUUAAAUGCGCGGUUGCUUGAUAUUAUUCGUAUGUUGUUUUGUACGCAGACGUAUAAAUUGAUGUUUGUAUUGUGUGUUUGAUGUGCAGAUAAGCCUGAAGUGCAAGUCCUGCAGAACUCCCCUGCACAGCCUCUAACGAGAGAAGGAGACCUCCUCGACCUUCUGUGCCAAGUGAAGGGCAAACCAGAGUAAGUGGAGGACCUGAGACUCCGUCAGAACGUGCCCAUCCACCUAACUGGGCUGCUCGAGGAGAAUGCUUGCCUCCUUCUGGUCUUUUUCUUGAGCAUGUUCAGCACCCGGUCCUGUUCUCCUGCAUUGGUAUGACGUUGCAUGUCUGAAGCACAAGGCCAUGAGAAAGCACCUGCAGCCAUGGGCAACCCCAUGGGGAACCUGGGGUGGUGGGAACCUGUGGCUCUUUAGGCAUUGUUCGACUCUCUCCAACUCCCAUCAGCCCCAGCCCAUGUGUCCAGUGGUCAGUGGUGAUGCGAGCUGGCAUCCAGCCACACCCAGAGGGCUGCAGAUCCCCCAGCCUUGGUCCACGUCCACUCUUCGACUAGCAGAUAGGUUUGUGUGGCUGCAGAAACUUGGAAGUGCCCAAAGGAAACAUUGGCCGCAGUCAGACUGCAGAUAAAAUGCUAAGGAAAGUUAUCUAUUUGAAAAUGCUAGGGGUGAGAUUCUAGAAAAUAUAGGUCUCCCCCCACCAAUACUAAAUAAGAAGGGCUUUGCCCUUACAUUUUCCCUCUCCUAUGAUUUUGUUUUCCACGGUGAACGCAGCUUAGAUUUCGUUCAGUUUUAAGUUGACCUUCCCCUCCAGUAUUUUCCUUCUUUGCUCCUGAGCCUGCCCUUUUUUCAGUGUCUGUUUUAACACGUGAACCCUAACAGAGACAUCUCUGAUCAAUAUGCUCCUGUUUUGAAAUUUUUAGCUUCAGAAGACUGAUCCUUUCCUCUCACCCCAGGCUCAGUCACUUUUUAUCCAUCAUCUUUUACUAUGAAUUCAGAUCUAGGGCUGAAAUCCUAAUGUAUGCUUAUGUGAGAGUAACUCCCGUUGAACUUAGUAGAGCUGACUUCCAAGUAAAUGCAUAGGAUUGAACUGUGCGCUGCUUUCCCUCAGCUUUUCUUUUUUCUGUUUAACUGUUGUAUCUUGCAGAGCCCUUUUAUUCCUGCGUGUGGUAUAUUAUCCUUCACUUGGUAUGUGUAAAGCUUUGCAUAUUGUGGCUUUAAACUUGUUUUUCCAAAUCCUGUGUGAGAAGAGGAAGAGAGAGGGGAUGAUUGCUCACUUGGAAAUUAUGUCUCUGGUGUUCUUUGCAAUUCAGAAAGCCAAAGGAAACCGAGGACAUUAUGGACUGAUUUACCUUAGUUAUGUCUCUCUCCAACAAACGUUUUGUGUUGCUUCCAGAAGAUGCUAAGACUUUGAUGGAAAAGAAUUUCAGAGCUGAGAAAUAAUACCCAAGGAUCCUCCUGUGUGUGCCCCCACAAAGAAAAUGCUGAGCCUCCCUGCUUUUCCAAUUGCAUAUUCUCUCUCUCACUCUCUUUCUCCCUGCCCAUUAAAGUUGGAUAUUUGUUACUGAACUCAACUAUAUCACAGGAAGAAAGAAAUGCUACUUAUGGCAGUGACUUAACAUGCAAGUAAAAGGGUUAGUAAUGCAUUUGGGGUUAUUGUUUUGUUUUGUCUUCUCCUUGCUUAGGCCUACAGAUGUGUCAUGGUUAAGAGUAGACGACGAGAUGCCUCAACACGUUAUAGUGUCAGGUUCAAACCUCCACAUUAACAGCCUAAACAAAAGCGAUAACGGCACAUACCGCUGCAAGGCUUCCAAUGAAGUGGGGAUGUCCUUUUCCGAUUACACACUUUAUGUAUACGGUACGUGAGACAAACACACCCUUCUUCCAGAUGUCUUUAUGCUGAAUUGCUGUCAAAUAUUCUGGGCAGGGGGUUGUGGGGAGGGGGUGGAAUAAGAAAGCAGUUUGAUGGAGAAAGCAGCCUCUGAUAACUGUUCAAACUCGGCACGUUAAGUGAGUGGGUUGUUUAAAACACACACAGAAAACCCCAAACCAAGCCUGUUUACUUCUGUCUUCUUUCCCCCAUCUGAUUCAGACUGUGUUUUCUUCCCAUGUCAAGUAAGCAACUACUGCCUGCACUGUCAUUAAGUGCUGGCUUGGAGAAGGGGAGUUGCCAGAUGCAAAGAGGGGCAGGGCAAUAAACAUCUUGGAGUCAUCCUGUUUCAUUUCACAAUCCAGGACGGCUUCAGCCAUAUUCCCAUUUGUAUUCCAGUGAAGUCUUUUCAGAAGCAUCUGAAAAAAUGAGCACGGGAGUUUUUAUUUUUUUUUAUUUUAAGCCAGGCCUUCUUUAGCAAGUUAAAUAACUGAAGAUGUGUGCAGAUAAUGUAACCCAGCACACAAUCUGGAAAGGCAAGUCUCAUUCUGCCUGUCUUCAGCUGCCAAAGAGGCACUAAAACAUUUGCUAAGGCAUUUUCUUAAAAGUGCCGUUUAUGUACCUGCUUUAAUUCUGGUUUCCUGGGUUUCUUUUUACCAUUCCUUAAAAUGUUGUGGCAUAAAUAGCAGUAAUCCUAGCCUGCGAAAAGAAAAAUUAAAUAAUUUCUCACCCACCCCGGAGCUACCUUUCAGAAUGCGGUCCUUUCAGCCUUGGGAAGACUGGUGUGUUCUGUGUGACAUGAACACAUUGCUGCUCUGUAGGCUGUGGUGCAGGCAGUGUGGACAGAUAAAUCAAGGCGUCUAAUAAUGAGAGCCAGUUGUUUUCAGAUCAUUGUGUUCCUGAAUCCCCUUGGUUCCAGAAGACUCUUUUUAGGAAAACUUUAGGGGGUGAUUGUUGGUUGCAGUCCCAUUCCAUGAAAUGUCACUUCACAUGUGUAGGGCAUUCAAUUUAUAUAGCAGGCUCUGUCGUAAAUGUUGCAGCUUCAGAAUGUUUAAUGGGUAAGUUGCCUUCAGUCAUUCCUUUCCCAUGCAUCCUCUCUAACCUCCCUGCAGCCCCCCCCCCCCCCCCCGGCCUCCAAGUCUGCCCUCUCCAGCAGCUUAGUGUUGCUCUGCAUAUUGAUGCUUGCGAUGCAGCAGCUCAUUCUGGGCUUCUGACCCUGUGCACUGUUCCAAGUUGUUAUAAUCUGCCAACCGUCAUGGGCCUCCAUCCUUGACAUUAGUUUGCAAGUGCAGAGUUGGAGCAGAGCAGUAGAUUUGUUUGCUCGGGGCACAAAGCAUGAAACCCACCAAUUGCAAUCUUCACCCAGGGAGAGGCAUUGUGAGAUUCCCUUCUGUACUUGUAUAGGUCAGCUAACUGCAUAGUUUAUUCUUCCCUUGCCCAUCCAUCAAAAUUAUGUGUACAUAUACAGGUAGGAACCAUUUAAUGGUGUAGAGUAGGAGAGUGCCCUCCUGAUGGUGUUACCUUUGUGUGGUUGCUCCAGAGAAGGUGUUUUGACUUCCUUGUGUGAUUAUAUAGGCCAUAGCUGCCCCUAAGUCUGGUGUAAGAGAAGUGAAACUUGUGUGAAUGAAAGUUAAUUGGGCUGGAAAGAUUAGGAGGACAGUGCGUAUCAGAUGAUGUGUACAAGUCUUAGGAAAUAUUGGUGGGGAAAAAUUCUUUUUAAAGUUAGGAUUUAGAAAAGUAGCAUUUCCAAACAAUCUAAUCCUUCCUACAGAACAGCUUCUCAUGGGUGAGUUGAACAGACGGUUGUCCUUGCCAUUGUUACGCUGAAAAAUGUUUAAAUAGUAGGAUUAUCACUGAAAACAACCAAAAGCUAUCAAAGAGAACAGGAGAGAUAAAAUUAAUAAUGGAAUAAUGCCCAUAUCCCUCAAAUUCAAAUGCACCGUUCCACAUACGUGCCACAAUUUCCUUGUAUCUGAAAAACUUUGGACUGAUACUUUCUCCCCUCAACCAAAAACCAAGGCUUUCAAUCAAAACUGAAAUAUGUUACCGCCUGUACCCAUUUUCAGUGGGAACACCUCGGGGGAGACUGACAUGCCUGCCAAAUCUUGCAAGUUUAGUUGAUGAAAAAAGUGGUGAAGCUAAAAAUUGAGAAGGCUCAGGAGACAACACUACGACCCCACGUUGGUCACCAGAUCACUCAAAACCUGUUAGGUGUUUGCUAUUGUUAAUCUGGUUUUCUGUUGCAUGAGCCACUUGGAGGACCAUGGAUCUGAAGAUGUUGUACCAUGGAAAUGCAUCAAAUCAAAGUCUCUUUCAGUAUCUGCCUAAUAUAGUCAAAUGCACUGGCAGUGGAAGCUGGAUAUCUGUACUGUGUACAGUGUACUAUGCAUUCUUUCUCUGACCUGGAAUCUCCUCUCCUGUGGAAAGUUGCAGCAGAGGUCAGCUUUGCUGACAUUAUCUGAGGGAAGGAGCAGCCCUCAUUUUCUUGAUGAUCUCCUGACCUGAAUUGUGUAUCAGUCUUGGCUAAGUUCCUGGUCUCAGGCUGAGGCCCAUCAAACCUCUGCUUAAAAAUUAACACGCAAAUAUAUUUAAGCAACAAAGGAUCUAAGAAAUUAUCAGCAGCGGAGCCAACCUUCGGCACCAAACUUGCAAAGCCCAGCUAACAGCUACUCCUCUGAUGGCAUCUUAUGUUGGCAUCUGAUUGCAUAUGGGAGAAUGCCGUCUAUAAACACUCACCAGGCAAAACUGGUUUCCGGCUUCUUCGCCUGCUUGGAAUCACCCAUUUCAACACAGUCUGGCAGCAGGAAAAAUAGAUAGUAAACCAACCACACAUUGUUCCUAGUCAAGCAUGACUAUGUUUGUAGAGUAGCCCCUGCCAUGUACAGCUGAGUGGGAGACAUAGAAUCUUAUGUACCAGGCACAAUCGACCAAUAGAUUCUUCUGCAUCCACCUCAGUUGAAUAAGUAGGAUCUGCAGGUAGCACUCAUAGAAUUGGAAGGGACCCAGGGGUCAUCCAGUCCAACCCUCUGCAAUGCAGGCAUCUCAGCUAAAGCAUCCAUGACAGAUGGCAUCUAACCUCUGCUUAAAAACCUCCAAGUAACCCCAGCCCAAGUAAAGUUUGUGUGAAAGGGAACUGCAUCCUUCAUAAAUGUGUUAGCAACAGGAUUGUGGAGGCACCAGACAGGUUGCUGUACAUAAGUGUAAAUUCCUUGAUGACAUUUUGAAGCAGAUUCAUGGGGGAAGGGGGAGAGAGAUUUACCUCAAAAUGGCACCUCUGUGACGAGAGACAGCCUGACUCUGAGUAUCAGGCCCUGGACACAGAGUGGGCAUCACCUUCAGCAUCUGACUUGCCCCAUUUGAAGGGUGAAUGCAGGAUUAGAUCAGUUGUUGUUGGGUUGUUGUUUUUUUUAAAAGAUAACUAGAUAAAAAUAAAUUGUACUGGCCUGCUAGGAGGCUACGUACCUUAUGUUUUUCAUGCUGGCAAGAGAGGAGAGGAAGCUUAAGCAUGCGGCUUCUAUUAAGUUUCGCAUACUAGUUUUACUGGCAGACAAGGCUUGGGGCGGACCUUUCUACCCCUCCUCUGCUGGCCUGCUGUGUUUCUGUGCUGCUUUCAAAGGAGAUAGCUCAGAAACCAAGUGGUCUGGUAGAGGAUCCUUCCUUUCUCUGCUAGCUAGCUCACUCUCCUGUGUGUAAUCCCUGGCCACAUUUGGCUUUCAGGGAAAUAGUUAAAUACUUGACUGGACUAGAUGAACCUCCAGUCCGAUCAAGCAAGGCGAUUCUUAUCAAGUGUCAGAUGUUGUAGGCAAAGUUCUUGUGCCAGUUCCCCUAGUUAGCUUCCAAGUCUUCCAACCUGAACCUGCAUUGGGGGACCCAUUUCUUUUUCUGUUUUACCAUAUAUGUGUGCACUGGUGGUGGUGCUACUGUUGCCGCUCAUCUCAGAUCAGGCUGCGACUCAGGAGCAGGUACUAACCCACCAGAUGAAGACCAGUGCCAUAGGGAGCACCCAACCCUUCUGCUUCCUUAUUCCUAGACCAGGGGUCAGCAAACUUUUUCAGUCCACUGUCCCUCAGACCUUAUGGGGAGCCGGACUAUAUUUUGGGGGGAAAUGAAUGAAUUCCUAUGCCCCACAAAUAACACAGAGAUGCAUUUUAAAUAAAAGGACACAUUCUACUCAUGUGAAAACAUGUGAUUCCCGGACCGUCCGUGGGCUGGAAUUAGAAGGUGAUUGGGCUGGAUUUGGCCCCCGGGCCUUAGUUUGCCCAUCCAUGUCUAGACCAUCAGCUCCUUUAAUUUCACCACUUAAGUGAGUGCUGAAUUGAUUGCCUGAAGGCUUUCCCAAACGGAGGCCUUGACCCCUUGGUAUUGCAGUUGCUCCAGACAUCUUGGUGGUUGCAAACAUUCACUCAGUGACGCCGCACCCAAGUGAUGUUUCCUAUCUCCUGAGGAAGUUGUGCCAAACACAAUAAAGGUGAAGCACAUAAUUAAAGUUUGGAUGUAUUAAUUAGAAAAUCUGAGAGCUCACUCGGAGAUGAAAGAGUAGCAGAUGUGUCAAUGAUGAGAAGUUUGACAUGCUCGAGAUAAAAUUUAAAAUCAAAAGCCUCCGAACUGUUUCAUGCUCCAUUAUUGUGGAUUCAUUCCUGAGUUCAAAGUCUGGUGCUCUACUUAACACAUUCAGUUUGAUCAUUUGGGCACAGAUAUGUGGUGGGUUCCCCCCUCCCUUUUUCUUCCCUCCACCCAGUAACUUUUUAUGAAGUCGUGAUGCUGUCUCUUCUGGAUAAAUAUUUGAUGCUUCUUAAGAUUGUUUGCUGUUGGCUUUUGCAGGUCAAGCGUCUUCUAUACAUGGUGCUCCCCCACCUACCUCUUUUUUUUUUUUUUUUAAUGGCGGAGGGAGAAAUCCCCUUCAUCUUUAUCUGUUGGGACCAUUAAGGGAUGUGAUAUAUUAAACAGGAGGAAAAUCUGUGAGCCCAGACAGAGCAUUAAUAUUUAUAAGUCACAAAGACAUUGACUUUAUUUUAAAAGAAAUCUCACUAAAAUCUUCCAUGCAUCCAACUUGAUAUUUAGUCGUGACAUUCUCGUUCCCUUUUGUAUUUAUUACUGGCUUAGAAGUAGUUUUAUAUCCUGCUGGGAUGUAUUGAUGGAGGGAGAAUAAUGAAGUUAACUGCUCUGGAGAAAGGCAGAGGGAGAGACGUACUCAUCUGCUGUUGAUAUUUAGUCUGUUAAGCGCAGCAGGGUCUCUCUCGCCUGCCCCACUCCUAGCCCCUAAUUUUUAGAUUAUUUUUUUUUUAAGACAGAAUAAAGACAAAGCAUUAUUGUUCUUAAUGCAUUGCAAACCGUCCUCUUAGCCAUAGAAAACAUGCAACUUUUUUACUUGCUUUGUGUUGUUGUUGUUUUUCAUUUGUAUUGGUUUUCCCCCCACAGGCUUUUCCCAUACCAUGUCACUCACGUAUCAAUGACUAAUUUUGUGUUGUGUGUUGCUUCUCCCCACCCCACUGCCACCAAUUUGUCCUAAUGUUUGAGGGCAGGGAAAUGUGUUGCUUUGCUUCAGUCAUCCUAAUCCAGAGCUUCUCCACCAAAUGAAUGGAGUCCCAUCCUCACAUUUUAGCCUGCCCUCUUCUCCUGAUACUUAAGACCUACUUCAUAAGGGUGGGCAAGAGGGUAUAACCGCCAUCCUUUAUUUUGCUUCUUUGUUAAUUUAUUGACCAGUUUUAUGUUCUGCUCAUAUUUUUUAAUUUGCUUUUUUUCUGUUUCCCUUUUUAUGUUUUAUCUAGAUCCCCCCACAACUCUCCCUCCACCCACAACAACCACAACCACUACCAUCCCUGCCACCACCACAGGUACGGUACCUUCAUAAACCAUGGAUAAAAACAGAAAUGUGUGUUACUUUCUAUGAAUAGCAGAUGGGCAGAGGUUGGGGGAGGAGAUAGAGGAGAGAAGGGGAGCUGUCACCACAUUUUUUACACUUAUUGUUAAUUUAUUUUGUUUUGCUUUGCUAGCACUGGAAAGUGGGGCCCACCAGUAAAUGAUCCUCUAAUAAUGGAGCUCCCUGAAGUCUCAAACAUCCUGCUCAGGGAGUCCAUAAAUUAGCAUUGCCCAGCCACCCCACCCCAGUUCAGUUUGAGUUAUUCAUGCUUUAAAACAUAAAGCACUGAUUCUCACUUUGAACUUUGGCUUCGAUAGUAUAUUUGCAAGCAUCUUUCCUUAUACUAGGCAAUUAAUUUCGUUUUGAUUUUCAGUUAUCAUAAUCUGCUUCAGUAUCCUGCAGCACAGCCAUCAGCACAGCGUACACAAACAGAGCUUCUUCCUGACGCUUUCUAAACUAGUUCCCUCUGAAUUUUAAAUCCCUGCCCUGCCUUCCCACCCAUCACUUUGAGCCAAGAUACAUUCUACACAGUCAACCGCCAUCAAACAUCAUUUGUACCACCCACCCCUUCCUGUGAGCUGUUCUCUCCCUCUUCUGAUAACUGGGCAUGGUUGCCAAACCCAUCUUCCAUUGUCAUCACCACCCCCUGGAUGCUUCUGUUGCAGAUUUUUUAUUUUUCUUUCAAUACGAAGAGAUGCCAGACAGAGUCCUGUACGGAAGGUGAGACUGCACUACUCUCUUCACAGGCAGCCUUUGAUCUUGUUACAAUCUCCCCUUUGCUUAACACAAAGUUUGCCAUUCACCUUGCAGGCAGUUGUUGUGCCUUCACUCUCUUUAUGUCCCUGUCUUCCGCUUUGCUUUCCCAGAGAUUCAGAAUUAAUGGAUCUGUACAAAUAACAAAAACCUUUCCUUCCAGUGUGCCUUAGCUAUCAUUUUCUGUUGUCUUGUCUAGCCUUUUGCCUCAUUACAUUUUUCUCCUUCCAGGAUCUUAAGAAACCAAAGCUCCUAUAGGUUUCUGUGUGUUCUCAGAGUGCCUGAGUGGUUUGUUUUGUCUGCAGCAUUAUGGAGUGGGUCUGCCCACACACUGACCCACCAUUUACCUUCUAGCACUUUGUGGUGGUGGUCCACAGGUUAAUCUCAACAUGUGCCUUAUAAACCUGUGCAAGGAGCAGACUUGAAGACUCCAGAUAAAUGCAAUUUGAAGGGUGGAGGGUCUCAGCAGGCUACCUGGUGAAGAGAAGAGCUCAUUUUCAUGUGAAAUGACUUCCUGAGUUUAAACCGUCAUGGUGUGAGGUGUCUUUCAUGGGAGGCAAGUUAAGUUGUGGCAACUGUAUUGCUUUUAUAAUCCCUAAUAGAUGUUCAGACUCGACUAACUUUCCCCCGCUCACUCCUUAAGACUCUGCGUUCAUAGGAGGUCUUGCCACGACCUCAGGGUAGAAUAUCGACUUCUGGGGGUUUGUAAUAUGAGGUCUUUUUUUCUGCAUGGCUAGGGGUUUGCAUCUGAUGUUUCGGACCAGAAGACAUUCAUCCUGCUUUGUUUUGUCACCACCUAAAAGUGAAAAUCUGACUUCGAUGGGAGAGGACAUCUUAGGGCGACUGGGUAUCAAGCUAAACUCUCCUUCAGGAAUAAGUGCUCAAAGCAAAAUAUGUGUGCAUUAAAAACUGCACCCAAGUUGGUGCUGGACAGCGAAGCAGAGUGCUUUUUAAAACUCAGAGUAAAAAUAAUGUAAGUUGGAAUGAUAGGGAAGGAUUCUCUUGCUCACAUGGGGAAAGACAGUAAUAAAGCUCUGGCCAGCAGUAUUUGGAUGGGUGGGGGAAUUGACUGUAAAUUAGCUCUCUCUGCAGCACCAUCCAACCUCUGAGGGACACCGGGAAGUAGGAGGAAGAUGACUAGUCACUGACAGCUUCUUAUCCAUCAUUUUGUUGUUCCUCUUUGUUAGGCUCUGGCUCUUCAGUUUUUCUUUAAAACCAGCUGAAACCAAUGGGAUUCCAAAGUCCAUGUUUCCAUAUAGGUGGACCAUUGCACCCACUAUUCUUUUAAAGAACUGACUUAUCCCUCUUCUUCACCCAUCUGUUUGCUUCUGGGUUGCUUUCAUCUAUGAAUAUAAUAAGACUACUUCUUUAUGCCAUUUCCAUUCCGAUUCUGUGGAUUUUAAUUUCACAUCGUUUCCCUCUGGGUGCUGCUAAUUUUGUUUGCAAUUUUUUGUUUGUAAUUUUUUUAAGAAGAAUUUUCCCCUUCUUUUUAAGCUUUAACAGUCUAAUUCCACAUAAGCUGGUAAUAUGGCUCAGUUUCAUUGCAGGAAAUGUUGCAGACAAGAUGCAGUCUUCUUCGUGAUUGGCUGUGUGGCGUGUCCUUCUCUUCCUCCUUUUUCCACAUCACUCUUUAUAUUACCUUCAGCCACAAUCAGGAACCCAACAGACCCUUUCCCCUGUAAGACUCUUCUGAUGAAUUGGAAUCUUCCAUCUCUUCCCAGAAUCCACAGGCUCCUUGUGUGUGUGUGUUAAUUUGUGUGUGUGUGUGUGUGUGUGUGUGUGUGUUUGUGUGUGAGAGAGAAAUUAAUUGAUUACUCCUAUGAGUUGUCCAUUGAUUAAUGUUUCAUAAACUCACAUAUGGGUGAAAACUAUAUUUAUGAAGCAAAAAUCUCUUUCUUCCUAGAUAACAAGUGUGUGUGUCACAGCACGCAUUUCCUCCUAUAUGUCCAAGAGAAUGGACAUUGCCUCUUUUCAGCUGGUGUAAUUUCCCUCUGCAGUUUUUAUAAGCACUUACAUUAAAUAUAUUUGGUUCUUCUUCUUUUUUAGCUGAUGGCAUUUUGGGCAAUUAAAGGUGUUAAAUACCAAUUAAUAAAAAUGUUGCAGUCCUUCUAUACAAAUGAGUUGGAGGGCUUCGGAUCAUUUGUGCACUUCAAAGUAGAUACAAUGGUGCUAGCUCAGGGCCUGUCAGCAUAAUGGGUCCCAAAACUCAGGUAAGUAGUAGACAUCUUUGUUGAAAUGUGGGUUUUGGUAUCUUAUGCUUUGCUCUUUCAGCAGAAGAUUAAAACAGUGAAUGGGACCAAUUGGGGCUCCUGAUUGUGGCCACAGGUAAUCCCUGGCUUUUAGUUGGAUUUAAGCAACUGUUUCCCCGCACCCCCCUCUUCUUUAAGCCAUCGUCUGGCCUCCUCAGAGGGUAAUUCUGGACCCUUUGCUUUAACUCAAGGCGUUUCAUCCACGCACCAGCCAUCUUAUAUCUUCUGCAUACAGUUUCUCAAGAGCUACAUCUUCCCUAGGCACAAAGUGCCCUUGUGGUGGUAACAAAUGAUCUGGCACUGAGGCAUAGUUAAGCUGAGAUUGCCACUAGGACAACUUUGUCAAAUCCCUUCUUUCAUUCCCCCCCCCCCCUUUUCCGUGAUGGAUGGGAUCUUGCAGAGUUGCUGUGUCUUAGCAGACAAGCUGCGUACGUAUUUAUCUUAUCCUGAAGGCUUGAUAUCUUCCUGCAUGGAAUUUAACUUGGGCUCUCUCUCUUCAAACAGAUGAAAGGUUAGAGAACCGAAUGCCCCCCUCCUUCUCCUUUUCCGCAAGAGAGUAGGCUGCCUGCUUAAAUUUGCCUUGUAUAUUAUUGCCUGACAAAUGGGUACAGAAAUGAAUUUCCGUUCUCUCGCUGCAUUCUGUAGUACUUUAGAGCCACCCAUUAGCCUUAAAAGCUUCAGCAGCCAAACACCAAUGAUUAAAUGUCGGUAUAAAACUCCAGGAAUGUAUUUUCUUCCUUCCGUGCUAAAGGUUUGUGUAACCGAAAACCAUUCUCCAAAUGAAAUUAGCAUAAUUACCAACAUUUUAUGCAGUAGUCACAGGGAAAAAUGCUUUCCUAAAAGCCUCAAGGGGCAACAGAUCAUUUCUGCUGUUGCUCUUACCCCUUCCCACAUUGCCACCUGCUUAAAACCUAUAUAUACAAACACAUAGAGGCUUGCAAAGUCCAGUGGGUGUAAAUUACCUCAGAUUCAAGUUUGGGUGCUAUGGGUGACCUUCAUAAAGCCCCAAGCUCUUCAAAUUAAAAUGGGCAGGUGAUAAUGAGCCCACUGUUCUUGGCAGCCCCUUGUCAUAGUCCCUGGAGUGGGGGCAAUUUAACAGUAUAGUUGCAAUGUCAUUUGUUUUAUGCUAGAAGCCUGCAGUUAUCAGUCCCAAAUGCCUUCUUUCAAGCCUGACCCCAGUUAGUUGUGCCUGCAAAGGAACUCCAGCACUGCUGAUGAAGCACAGUAAAUUAUUUUAUUUCUUGCCCACAUUGUAAUUAAGAAUGAUUUUUCCAUUGGCCUUUGAUGGCUAGUCUCUGGAUGCUUCAUGCUCUCCCCACCAAACUUCCCCUAAGUAGAGAUCCGUUUCCCAGCAUGUCAUGUGAUAAUUUGACUGGGUAACCCUUUGUCUAUCAUGGGUUCCAUUCGUUUUGUGUUUGGCCCUCUCCCUGGCAAGCAGCACCGCUUCCCCCCAGCCCCAUAUAAAACCCACCACCCUUUUAUAUCACUUCAAAAAUGUCCUUGUGGCUUUAUUCAUUAAGACAUGCAAUAUGAUAUGGCAGAGCAAGCUGCAUAAUUUAAAUUGCCCCUGGAGUCUUCCCUUGAAAUGUUCCAUUUGGACAGCUGUUAUUUUCUGCGAGAUAAUUAAAAAGUUCUUAAUAUUUGUUUAAAAAUAAACCCUUCUUUUCUUUGGGGCAAAGCACAUUGUGUGUGUGUGUGUUCAGUUUAUCUUUCCUCCUCAUCCUCUUAUAGACCAAUUGUUCUUCCACCCAAGUACAUUGGUGCUUGUGCAUGUGUUGCAACUGCAGGUAUGGGCUUGCAGCCUCCCCUGUUUGUCUCUUGGUUUCUGUGCUAAUAGAACAAAAGGCAUCUUCCCAUGGAGUCCCUAGUGCUGGAACUGGCAUGUUGGAUCAUGCCUAGGAUGGAGAUUCCAUUAUGUCUUCAGCAGGGGCACCAGCACAAUCACAAGCAACUUCGUGAUUCCUCCAAAACUCACUCUCACUCACAGCCUGAACAUGUUAUCUGUUUUCCUUCCUGUAAAACAACAUUAUGGCUUUAAAAAAAAACAAACCAGACUGAGAUGGCGUGGUGUUAAGACAGCAAGAAGGUUACAAAAAUGUUCAUGUACUAGUCUUCCUCCCCCCACUUUAAACAACAGAUGCAGUGGAAUUAAUGGGCAAUAGAUUCAGACAAUGCAUCAUUAAUUUGUGGAGUCUGCUGUUGCAAGAUGAGCUUUAAAGGGAGAAUUAGACAAAUUCCUGGAGGACAUUUGGUCUUUCAUUGGGUAUUGGGCAUGGUGGCAGAGGAGCACCAGUGGCAGAGAGUUAUUGCUUUCAUGAACUUCUUGCAGGCUUUGGGGGAACUUCAGGUCUUCCACUGUGGGUAGCUGCCAGAUGCUGGAAUAGAUGGGCCCACCUGGGUUUCGUCUUGCAGGCUUUCCCUAUGUUUUUAGAGAUGUACUUGAGUGAAGGACUUGAGGUACUUCACCUGAGGAUCUAAAAUAAGUAUUUGAAUGUCUUGUAAAUCAAAUUAGUGCCAGACUGUCUAAAAUGGUAUAUUUGACCCAACACAACCCCACAUUUGACUCAUUGGAGGCCCAAACCUGCUCACAUCACCUUUUAAUUUGGUGCUUACUGUCACAAUAUACAAGGGAGGAAUCACAUUAGCUUUAUCAAAACCUUGCUCCAGAGUUUGACUCAAGCUUCUUCUUUUUUUGUUGUGAGACGUGGAUAAAUUUGUUUGAGAGUUUUUUGUGCCUAUUUGCACUACAAAUAUUUAAUGGAUGUAAAUGUUUGGAAUCACUCCUUCCCAUUUUUCAGAAAUUCAGAAGAAGCAACCACUGUUCUUCUACCAGACUGAAUUUUGCGGUGUGGCGCAUGUUUCCUUCUCCACAGCAGGUUGGCCAAGCUUGUUUCCUCCAGAUGGUUUGGUUUGCGGCUGCCAUCAGCCCCGAAGUCAUCUUACACCCCUGCUGGCUGGGACUGAUGGCUGUUGUAGUCUGAAACAUCUGGAGGGCACCAGCUUGGUGAAGGCUGCAAAGGUGGCCUUUGUACAUCCCCCGAGACAGGCGUUUGGUUCCCAGGAGCAUUUUGCAGACUGGCAUAACCUUCAGUUCCCGCAAAUUAUUUAUUGUAUCAUCUUGGCUUUCUGUGGAGGCUUCCUUGUGUCUCUGGUAAAAUGUCAAGUUAAUUUAGAGUUGAUGUUGCGAUCUCCUGACAUUUUCAUCCACUGUGUGACCACAUUAAAAGGGAAGAGAGGAGGAGGUAGAGCCCCCUACACCUGGGAAGAAAUAAGUAGGAGAAGCUGUUUCUGCUGCCAGUGCACAGCCAAGAACCAGCAAGAGCAUUUUCCCCUCUUUUUUAUGGAAUCAAACCCUUGCUCUGAAGAAACCAGUUUCACUUAUGCAUUGAAAGAAAACUUCUCGAAUUGAAGGGGGAAAGGCAGCUUGAAUAAUAUUAAGCUUCCAUGUAUUCUGAUGGACUCUCAUUUCAUUCCUAGCAUACCUGGAAGCUCCUGGAGUUGUAAAAGAAAUGUACAGUUUACCUUGGCUGAUGCUACCCCACUUCUGGGCAGUCAGCUGUGUUGACAGGAUUGGUCCCACCUGUCCUCUUGGAUCAGCUGCUAAGGCAGCAAAUGUUGGGUACACUGAACUGGCUUCCUCGUACCCCUCUCCCCUGCAAAAAGAGGGGGGGCAAUUCUUCUAGGUUCAUUGUGCAACUCCUAUUUGCUGCGUUGGGACUUGCACAGGAGACAUUCCAGCUGGGAUUGGGUGACCUUUGAUUAAAUUUGCUUUUUGUUUCCCCCAACGCCAGCGCUAAGGUGCUUUUGCAUGUUCACUCAAGGAUGCUUCACUUCACUAGGCUGGAGGCCUGGAUGGAGAGCUGUGUGGAAUGAAGCGUUAAAUCUCUGCCCAAUAUGCAGUUCCAUGCUUCAAAAAAUAAUUUUCUAUGCUACACAAAACUACUAAACGGAUCCUGAUUAUUUUUGUGAAACAUCUGGUCCGCAAAUGAAGCUAUCUCGUGGGUGUAGUACAAGCAGGACGCUGUACAAAACGCCGCUUCCAACGCUCUCGCUUGGAAGUGCUGUUUUGCAUAGUGUGCUCUUGUUCCGGCAGCAGCGUGAGACGGGGCAUCUCCUGCCCCCUUCCUUUCAGGGUGGUUCCGCUCGCUCUGUUUAGGCCUGUUACAUCCCUGCUUCUGUGUUCUUUCUGCCCUGCAAAUCCUGCAGUUGUCUAGUUUAACUGAAACAUAGUGCAGAUCGAAGGAGCUGAGGCAGAUGAGAAUAAAUGGAAGAUUUUGACUGUGUCCUGCUUUUUACAAUCACCUAUAGAUCUGUUUCCAUCAUGCAUUCUUCUAAGCAUCCCAGGGGCAAAUGCCUGUCCAGCCAUAGGGUGCUUGAGCUCAAUAAUCCUGACCCAGAAUGGCAGCUCUUUCAGCUCUGUGGGCAAAUUCUAUGUCAAAUUACCCUCUUUUUCUUCUUUUUAAAAAACAAAUAAAUGCAAGAUUAUGUCUUAAUAGCAUGCUUUGAUUGCAGCAUGGCAUCUCAGGUAGGUGAUAAUUAUGCAGUUACUACUCUGGGGAAAGCAUAGUUUCUCAAAGCAGGAGCAGUUAAGUUGCCUGGAUUCUAUAGGCUGGCAACAGAUUUAGGACUUUUUAAAAAAAACUGUCCUUGGAUUUUCAUUUACGGAACCCAUUCUGUUAGAGACUGUGGACUAAUUUUAUGGAUUAGUUUUUAAACCCCCCAGUCUGUCACAUUCAGUGAACAAUUUUAAGUUGGAGAGAAGCCAUCUGAAUGGAUUAGAAUGUGCCACCGAGGAGUUUGAAUGCCACUGUUUCAACUUAAUAUUGCCCAGCUGUCUCAGAGGCUGGCUUGUUAGGGGGGUGGGUAGUUCUUUUACACUGACCAUGUUAAAUGACUGAUAUCCAAAGGGAUAGACAAUGCCACCUUCCCCCGCCCCCGCUCCCACUUUGUAAGAUAACAUCAUCCAUGACAAAAUAUUUAAUGUCUUUGGUAUCUGGUUAUGUUUAUUUUUAUUAUCAAGAGUUUCUAACACUUGAGAUAAAAAGCAACUUGAUACUUAGAAUGCAGUUUUCCUGCAGCUGGGCCACUCUUUCCCCAGUUACAAUGUUUGGAUUAUAUUUGAAAAGCAAACACAUGGUUGGUACACACAUAGAUGGGGUGGUGGGAGGGAAAGAAGGGAGAUGCUGAGAAAUGGGGGACAUGCUUCUAUUACUCCACAUCCUCAGUAAAUUUUAAGUUUGUCACUGCUCUUUAAGACUGGACAGAUAAUUGAUUCACUCUUGUGUUGUUGUUUUACAUGAACUAGUGGCUUUGUGAACAGGAUAUGCCAUAGUAUUGUUAGCAAAUAGACUCCUUUUGUCCCCUCUGUCACUUGUGGGACCUACAGAAUUUCUGGCAGAUUAUUUUUGAUCUGUUCCUUAGUGUUUUUACCCCAAAGAGACAAAGCAGGUGGUAAUUCCUCCUCCUUUCAAAGUGGGGUGGGGUGGAGUGGGGGAACCAUUGUUCUUCUUCUAUGUGUUGCUUUCUGCUUUUGAAAAUGAAGCCAUUUGUUCCUGGACAUCACUGUAAAGUGCCUUAAGAAAGUUAUACACACACAUAUAUAUAUCAGCAUGAAUGCCAUUGCUAAACCAGGAGCUCAUUUGGGAAGAUGGCCUAGACUGAGUUGGACUUCGAGGCAGUGCACCUUUUAAUCAUUAACUGCUUUAUUUCCCGCUGUGAUCACCCAGCCCAUCUGCUAAUCAUAACUUUGCCAUUCCAGCUGCAGCCAACAUGAUGUUGUUUGACUUUGAAUAUUUGUUCGCCUUUUAACUGCUUGAGAACUUUGUGUUUCAUUUUUGUUUGUUUGUUACCUGCUGAUCUCUGUCCCUGGAUGGGAAAAGCGAGCUGCACUGUCCACACGGAACACUGUUCCUUGACUAAUAAUCUUUUUCCAGCAUAUGAGCAGAAGUUCUGAUUUCAGCACGGUUUAAUUUUGAACCGGAAGUUCACAUAAUUUCCCACAUACAUAAACAGACACACAGAGGAAACAGGUUAGUCAAUUAUUCUGGGGAGAGCAUGAAAUUUCAGGCGUUAACACACAGCUCAUCCAAUUUAAUCCUAGCAUCCCCUCUGACCUUUCCUUUACACCUUUGAAUCCCCCACCAGUUUAAAUGAGACAUUGUAGGCUAUGCAAUUGAGGAUGAAAGGGGCAGGCCUCAAACUUCUGUUUCAUUAACUGUCAAGCAUUUUGAUGCUUUAAUUUUGCCAAAGCUCCCAAUGUGAGAUCAGGAGCUUGGUGGUCCUGAACUGUGUGUUAGAUUGGAUUGCAAAGUGAAAAACUAUCUGUGUUAGAAUGGAGAAUAAGAUGUGCCAUAGGUGAAUUGCUGUCAUAUAAAUCUUGAUAAAACACCUAUUUCAAUUGUGCAAGGGGGUGUUGCUUUUCCUUCAAUAUUUUAAAAUGUGCCAGCCUGUAAGUAUCAUGUAUUUCCCCCCCAUGUGGAUUAUGUACCUGUAUUAUUAUUAUUAUUAUUAUUAUUAUUAUUAUUAUUGUCUAACCUUUGCUCUGGAAAGUUAAGUAUGCAUUGUCCUCUGUUUGAUUGCAAAGGGAAAGUGGCCCCUGCUUUCUAUUAAGUGGAAAGUCUGGCCGUCUCUGGAUUCUGAGGGUGGCAUGUCAACUGUGGAGAAACACCUCCAUGGGCUUGUCUUCUGUAAUAAUAAAAAAGCUCAAGUUCUAGGGUAGUUUAUGAGCUCAAUUACAUGUUGUGGAGCCUUGCAGAAAGCUAUUCUUUUGUUCAUUUAAACAUUGCCUGUGCUGAACUAAAGAGGAACCUCCCAAACCUUCUUUUGAGGUAAAUGGCCUUGUUUGUGCUGCGCUGCAGAAACUCUGAACACUUAGCACUUUUCGAGCUGCUCCCAGAACAGCCGCCUCACCAAUCCUAUGGCCCCAACCCACAUGUGUGGAGCUAAAGGUAUAUCAGUUUGUUGCUGAAAUGGAAAGGGGGACAGGACCCUUUAUGUCCAACUCCUCCAGCACAGAUGGCAAAGCGCUAGCUCACAAGCUGGAUCUGGCCCACAAGUCUUUCCUCCACAGCCCCCUGCCCACUCUUCUGACCUUUAGGGAAGGGGCUGCAUGUCCAGCACUGAUCCUAUGGCCAGCGUGGCAUAACAUUCUUCAUCCUGCUCAUCAUGGAAGCCAAGCAAGCUGCCUGGAGAGGGACGGAGCAAUCUGUCCAUCCUCAGGCAGCACACUUCGUUUCCUUGCUAGCUGUGUGCAUAACCAUAUUUUCUGCACAGUGAUGGAAGUUGGGAGAGUAGAAAAGAAGUUGAGAGCCUUUGCUCGAAUCGACUUCAAGCAUUUUUCUUCCAGUGAAUUAACUUUCCUUCCAGGGUCUUUCCCUGUUGAAGGCAAGCCCCAGCCCCCCAGAGAGAGAAUAGGGGGUGGGUCCACUCAUGGGUGCUGGUUUACCCAUGGAGGAAGGCAACCUUAGUCCCCCAACCCCCCCCAAAAAGAAAUGUUCUCUUCUCCCGCCCUCCUUAGGAUUCUAAUGUUGCUGAACAAGUGAAGGCUUAGCUGAUUUAUGUUGUAAUUUUUGUUGUCAUGGCUGAACCGUGGGCAAAACUAGGCAAAAGCAAUAUGUCUAACGUAUGUUUUGACAUAUACAAAUAGUCUUUGAAUAAGAAUUCUUUACACCCUUUGGGGAUGCUUCAGAAGGUCCAGAAGCCCAAGGCUUGGGAAGGUAGGGAAGACCUUUUCCAGCGAGGUACAUGGAGAAUACAUAGCAUCCUCUACACCCAAAGAGACACCUGAGACCGGGACUGGGCUCCCUCAGUAAAGCUUCAGAGGGCAAGGCUGCCAGAGGACGUCCCAUCUAGGAAUGUUCCUCUCUUUGGUUCAUUCACAGCCCUAAGGUAGGAGUACGUUUGACAACCCACUUAGUUCCACAAGCACUGGAGUCUGUCAUGCUUGUAGCCUACAUGCUGUUAAAAUGAACUGAGAACGGCACACUCUGCUAGAACUGGGGUGCCCUUUCAUUUCUCUAGUUACAUCCCAAGCAACAGGAAACUUGUGGAAACGUUCACAGUUCUUCUCAGUAUCUGGUCCACAGAGCACUCUCUAGAGAUUGAGAUCUUUGCAGAAAGCUUUUCUUCAGUUUGCAAAGAUGGAAUCUGUUCUGUCGUCUUUAUAUAUGUAUCUCUUUAUCUAAACUAUGCAUGACUUGCUAGAGGCAAGGCUACCUCCUCAAUGAUGACCUGUUUUGCAGCGUGAAUGCAAUGGCGUUGUAUGCAUUCAUUCUUGGGAGACUUCCUAUCAUUGGUAUUCCCCGGGAUCAGGUGGAUGCAGAAUGUUGCAUAGCAUCCACAGGUAUUAUGUGCAUGACAAAAGGGAAAGGAGACCCCGGCAGCCAGGUAAUGCACUGACUCCUCUGGCAUUCCCACAUAGAGGGGAAUGUCUUUUGCAAAGGCAAUGUUUGAAUGUAUGAAAGCUUCUUCAAGACUUGCCUCUGCUUGCCCUGGAGCCCUUUGAUGUCCCUGUGCUCACUUCCCCACGGAGCAGGUGGCUCUGGUGUUUCUCCCCACUUUGCAUGUCUCCCUAACUCUUGACCACCAGAAAGCAUCCCGGCUGGCAAAUCUCCAGAACCAAAGCAAACAAGGGUUCCCCCCCACCCCCCCUCAGGCUCACAGCUUUUAAGCUCAAGGCAUGUCUCUUUAAAACAGUGCAACUCACUUCAAAUGCUUUUUGCCUUUCAUUUUAUUAUUGCUUGUCACGCAAUGUUCUUUGAAAGCUUGCUCAUAUAUUAUCUGUUCCAUUUUUUCCAUUUCCCUUUUUUUGCAUGCUGUUCCUCCUGUUUCUUCCCUUCCUCCAAACCUCUGUUCCCGUGUGUAGACACAACGGCGACGACAGAACCGGCAGUUCACGGUUGGUAUUGCAUUCCUGUUUAUCUUUUCUCUCAGCAGCGCUGUGCUGAGUGGCAAGGCAAGCCUGGGAGGAAAGGCAGGGGGCGGAGGGGGCGGGCAGAGAAAUGAGGGAGCCAGAGAUAAAGUUUUUUUUUUAGGGGGUUGGAGGACUAAUGCUUCAAGUGGACUGAUCUCAUAAAUAUGCCAUGAUUUUUAAGACUCGAAGGGAUGUCUAGCCUUGUCAUUUCUGCUGCGAAUUUAGCAUUCAAUUGUUGCAGGCCUGGGCAUCCAGCUAUUCCCCAAACCCAGCAAAAACAGCAGGCAUAUCAGAGCAGAACAAGAGGAACGGCUGCAUUUCAGCAACCAGUAUUUCCGACAGUCAGAACGAAACAUUCCAGAGGAAUCUGGCUUUGGAAAUUGUGGCCCAAAUGUUGUUUUAAUUGUAAUGCCUGCCAUUCCCAGGGAAUCUCUCAGGUAUGCAAGAGAGGCAUAAGACAUUUAGUAUGCUGAGGCAGUUCCACGGAGUAAUCUGUCGUGUCAUAGGUCACCAGGAAGCCUUUCAUUAGCAAGCUUCCAAACACAUGCUUCACUGCAACGGGCUCUCCCUGGCCAUGGUCAGAACAGAUGAGCAAGCUCACCCCACUCACCUGUUUUGCGUCUCUUCCUUCAAACAGCUUGACAGCUUUCACGUCCCCCAGAUUUUAAAGUAGGAUCCAGUAUCACAGACUAGUAACUGAGUUGAUAAAAUAACUUUAAUAUACAAAUUCCAUUUACCUGACUAAAUUUUAACCCAUAACCUUAUUGCUAAAAGUGCACCCUGUCUUUUCUUAAGAAGCACAAGACUUGGUGAAACUUAUUGGAAUGAUUGCCCUGAGUGAAAGAGCCGACAUGGUGUCCUCUAGAUGUUGUUGGACUACAGCUCCCAUCAACCCUGGCCAUUUGCUUGGCUGGCGGGGGCUGACGGGAGUGGUAGUUCAGUAACUUACAGAAGGCCGUACAUUGGCUUUGCUUGGUCUACAACUGUGAGCAGCUCUGAGUUUGAGACUGGGGUCUUCCCCAGCCUUUGUCACCCAAUAUUCUUUCAAAGUUCACUCACUCCCAAUCUAUUUUAUCAGCCUUGAGGGAGACCUCUGUACCAAACAUCACAUUAUGGUUAUUGUGCAGUUCGUAAUCGCCUAUCCAUACAUAAUCCAAAGGUUCACAAGGGGUCUACUAGGUCAAAUUAUUCAUGACACUAUAACAUUGGAAUGCCCUCCCCAAGGAGGCUCACUUAGCACCUUUGUUACAUUUCUUUAGGUGCCAGGCGAAAGCAUUCCUCUUCUCCCAGGCCUUUGGCUAAUUCAACAAUCUUUGGCCUUUUAAAUGGGGAGGGUAAUUGUUUUUGCUUGUAAUUACCGUAUUUAUCAUUGUGUUUUUAUAUUGUGAACUGCCCUGUGAUCUUUGGAUGAAGGGUGGUAUAGAAAUCUAAUAAAUAACAAUAUUAGUUUAAUGUGGGAUGCUGGUGGCGCUGUGGGUUAAACCACAGAGCCUAGGACUUGCCAAUCAGAAGGUCGGCAGUUCAGAUCCCCACGACGUGUUGAGCUCCCGUUACUCAGUCCCUGCUCCUGCCAACCUAGCAGUUCAAAAGCACGUCGAAGUGCAAGUAGAUAAAUAGGUACCGCUCCGGCGGGAAGGUAAACGGCAUUUCCGUGCGCUGCCAGAAGCGGCUUAGUCAUGCUGGCCACAUGACCCGGAAGCUAUACGCCGGCUCCCUCGGCCAAUAAAGCGAGAUGAGCGCCGCAACCCCAGAGCUGGCCACGACUGGACCUAAUGGUCAGGGGUCCCUUUACCUUUACCUUAGUUUAAUGUAAAACAGAUUUCCUUGUUGCGUAGGGUGCCAGGUCUUCCUUUGCAGUUGCCAUUUGGGAAUUACUUGAGCACGCCCAGUGUCUUCACUCUGCAUGCUCCUAAUAGAGAUGGACAUAAUUUAUUGAGGGCCUGUCAUUGCAGAGACAUGGAACUGGUAUCUGCCUGCCUGAACAUUUUUCAGGAUAGCAGCCACUGUUAUCAGACAUGGCUGCCACCGUGUUGGAAGUCCCCAGUCAUGUGCAGUUGGGGCACAGUGCAUGCAUCAAAGGAGUUAGAAGCAUGGACGUGAAACAUUCCUGCACAUGGUCCUGCUGUCCUAUUUCUCUGUAUUCUACAUGUGUGGGAAGGAAGUCUUCAAAAUUCCCAAGUCAACCUUCUCAAAUCCUCAGUUUUCGGCAAAUGCUGAAGGAAGAGAUGACAAAGCAUAUUAGACAAAUACACAUCUUGGAUGUCUGUUUGGCCUAUGAGAGUCUGCAUGUUGUAUUUUCAUAUUCAGCAGUUGAGUUGCAGACUGGAGAGCCCACUAUAAAUUGAUAAAAUCCCACUGGAAUUAGCUUGAUUCUGUUUGCCUCUACAUUUCUAAUUAUCAUACUAUUAGGAAUUUUGGCUCAACGAGUAGACAUUUUAACUGAAACCUUUUGACUAUCACUGAAGUGUUAAAGCUCUGUGUCUGCCGCUUCAGGCCCAUAGUAGCAGCUAAAGCUACCUUCUGCUAAUAAACAAUUAUUAGUGAUGGGUUUAUAAUUGAGCAUUAGUCCUGACUCACUUGCUACUGAAAUAAAUGUUGAAGUCUGGAGAAUUGGCUAAUCCGCCCCCAUCCCAUUGUCCACUCUUAUGUCAGCAACAUUUCAGUCACAGAAGCCACAAGCUAGAUUGGAUUUGAGGGUGGAGAGUAACAGCCUAAAUGAACCAAGGGUCUCAGUUGUACUCAAGACUCAUUAGGAUUGACAGCACCAGCAUAGAUGAACCAUUAUGAAGCACCUUGUAUCCACUUGCCACGAUUUCUAGCACUGUGUAAACAAAAAUAUAUUUAAGACUUACCGAGGUCCUAUUGGUUGUGUGGUUCCAUUGAGACCACCAUUAAUGACAGAAGCAUCUGAAAACUUGUAAAGAAAACAUUAUGGUAAUGGGCAAAGAAUUCCAGAACAAGAGUUUUACAAAAGUAAAAGCUGGGUCAAAACAAAACAAAACAAUGAAUUAGAUGUUCACUUGUUGCUGCCCAAAGAGGAAAAUGUAGCUUUUGUUUUAAGGAAACAGAGGCAUGAAUGUUGCAUGGGUAUCCCUAACCUUUAAAAUAAAUAAAACUAAUAUUUUGAGGUCAUUGCACUUGAAGUCACCUCAGGUUGCAUAAGUUAAUUUCACUAAAUAAUUUCAGUGAAAUUACUAAUAUGUACACUUGAACACUAUUCGGCCCAUUAGAUAGCUGAUACUCAUUAGAAAGAUAGUUGGAAAAUAUUUUAGAAAGUGGACUAUUAAUGAUGCAAGAACACACACAUACAUGCACACAUUUUAGAGGUAUAUAAGACCCCACAAAUCAUGUCAACGUUAGCCUUAAUAUAGCCCAAAGUAAACUGGGGAACAGAUCAGAUAUUUAGCCAGAAAUGCCUUGUACAUUGAAAAUGGUCAGCAUAUUGACUGCAAGCGCCCCAUAACUUCCAAGCUGGAGAUGAGAAAGUUGUUGAACAAAUAAAUUACUAGGCAUGUCAGGCAAAUUGACCUAUGAUAUGCUUUCUGCCUUAAAGUAAUAAUAAAAGAUCCUGGUUCGUUUGGCGUCCCUUCUUUGUCAAGGUUGCCCUUCCCCCAUUGAAGCUUCUUUGUGGUUUCCUUCCAAGCUUGCAUUGCCAGCGUGUGUAUGAAGUUGACCAGAUAUUUCUUGUGUGUUGGCCAUUUUGUUCUGAACAAUGUCCAAAUGAAAGUGAGCAUGUCUGUGGAUGGUGAGAAAUGCAUGAUGGGCAUGAUGGGUAACCUGUCAAACCAGAUGGAUUGCCUCCAAAAAUAAAAAUAAAAAUUUCAAAUUAAAACACUAGUGGAAGGCCAAAUACCCAAAGUCUCAUUUGAGGACACAGGCUGUUUUUCAACAUGAGGGAGGUGCUUGAUCACUCCAUGAAUUUUUUGGAGUGUAUCCGAAAGGACUGGAGGUGGGGGAAGGAGUUUGUCUGCAUGCAAAACUAUAGCAACCUCCGGCCAUCUCUCUUCUCAUAAUGCAGGACUUAACAGCAGCUAUGCAUGGGCAAGUUUAAAGCACGAGCAUUUAACUCUUCCAACUGCAUAUAAAGCUGAGAUCUUUAACUUGCGGGUUUCCAGGUGUGCUUCCCCCCUCCCCCCACUCUUCUGCAUUCAUUGUCAGAAUUCUAAUAACAGCAUGCUGUUCAUGGCUGAUGCUGGGGCUCUGGCUUUGGCUGCACUUCAGUGCCUUUUUUCAAGAAUCCUAUUUCCCUUUUAACUUUCACCUUGCAGUGCAGAUGCCUUUUGGAAAGUUUCUGUUCUCUAAAUCAGUAGAACAAAGCAGGACAGCUGCACGUGCUGGAGAGGUGGACCAAAUGAUUCCUACAAGCCAACCCCUUGCUAUUUUUGGAGAUUUGAUUUUUUUUUAUCCUUUCUAUCCUAAAAAAAAGUCAUUCCAAGAAUUUGUCCUACAAAGCUUGACUUGAGAGUACACCUACCCUAUUUUGGCUAAUGAUGCUAACAAUGCCCUUUAUUCCCCAGUGAACCACUUACCAGAGAAAGGAAGAGCAGAAGAGUGUCGUUUUUAAAUCAGAUAUGCAUUUCAAUAAUGCAGUUCAGACAGAGCUAAGAUGUUAAAUGCUGCUCUCAAAUAUUUCCGAGUGCGAUGCUAAUUCCCCAGGACAAGUGCUUCUGAACAACUUCACAAUAAGUUCUCUAGUGGGUUGUACCCCCCCCCCCCAGUUAUGGUGAAAAUACAGUGCCAUAUUACACUUCCUCCUUUUUUUUCAAUGAAGUGAAUGUGUAUUUACUAGCACAGGGAUAACCAACAUAGUGCCCUGCAGAAGUUGCACCCCAGCUUCCUUCAGCCCCAGCCAGCAUAGCCAGUGGUCAGCGGUGAUACAAGCUGUAUUCCAACAGUACCUGGAGUGCGCCACUGGCUAUGUUGACCCCAAUGCUAACAUCUCCAGCAGAACACUUUGAACCCUCAGUUUCCUCCUCCUUCCUGGUUCAUCUGAAACAGAAACCAUAUGGCAGUUGUUAAAUGUAUGCAUUGCAUUGAAGUUCAGACAUUGUGCAGCUUUGCAAUGCACACACAUGUGCUGUUACAAAAAAGAGAGAGAGAGAGAAUUAUAGUGGCCUUCAGGUUAUAGAUGCUGUUGACCAGCUGUAGGGACAUCUCAAAUGGAGCAUCUUUUCAACAGCAAUUCAGUCUGGAGAUUGGGUUUCAGCAGUCAUAUCAUUUAAACUGGGAGCAACAUAUCCCAAGGGAGAUAUGGGCAACCCAUGUCAUUUUCAAAGUUGAUAAAGCAGACCUAUGAGCACAGGAUAUGAGUGGGAUGCAGGAUCCACGUGGUGAGUUAGACUGUACACCCACACAAACACAACCUAAAGUAGCGCUCUGUGGCUCCUCUGAAGUAAGCAUGCUACCCAACCAUUCAAAUGGAACAGAAAGCUAUGUAGAACAGCCUGCCCACAUCUGAAGACAUGCUAAAAUAUAUAUAACUGUUAUCAUUGAAAUAGAAGAGAGAGAAAAACCACAGCAGUAUCAAAGGGGAACAGCAUCGGCAGUCACUAAAGAGCCUGAAAACUAUUAUUUUUUGGAAGCAGCAAUUAUACCUUUGUCUUAGCCCAGAAGUCUGUGCUGUCUUUGCCCUCUUCUCACGUGGUCCAGGAUUGGCUCAAUAAGAAGAUAUUCACCAAGCAAAAAUAUUGGCUAGCUACGUUUGAAAUCACAAGUGUGACAGCAGUAGAAUAAGAAAUAAAUAACUGGCAAUUUAAGAUGGCAGGAUGAUGGGUGUAAUUUUUCUGCAGCAUUUUUUUUAUAUAUAAAAAAUUAAACAUCUGUAUGCUACUUUUCAGCCUGCAGUAUGACUCACAACAACAAAUGACAAAUGACAAAAAUGACAAAUGAUAAAACAAAAAAAUACUACUGAAAGAGUCAUCAGAUUAAAGAGAGGCAGCAGCAGCAGCAAAACAUUAAGCAGCAAUAUCAUGUGAACAAAUUCUGGGGCUGAACCAGCUUUUGGCACCCUGGUGGAUGACCUAUAUCAAGAGUGGGACAGGCAGAGUACGACUGCUUCUGCUUCUUGAUCUCAGCAAAUUUUGAUACCAUUGACUAUGGUAUUCUCAGGGACCGACUUGGGCUCUGUGGGAUGGGUCUUAUGGGCACUGUUAUAUAGUGGUUCAGUUCCUACCUCCAGGGUCAUGUGCAGAGAUUAGGACUGGGAGAUUGUUUUGGCCCCAUGGUCUUUGUGUUGUGAUGUACAGCUGGGUACAAUUUUGUCCUCAGUUCUGUAUUUAACUUCUGUAUGAAGACACUGGAUGCAGAUGUUCAGGGAUGGAGGGCAAGUUGUCGUGAGUACGCUCAGUGCUUUUUUUCUGACUGUACUCACACAGUACUGGCACCUCCCCCCCCCAAAAAAAAACUUGGCUUCUAAAGUGCACGUGUGAACACGGCACAGGGUCUUAUUUUGCAAGUCUUAAAGAUUGUGUAGAUUCAUCUGGGAGAGCAAUCACUCAUCCUCUGAGAGACACAAAACCCCUGCAAAUUUUACUAGAAAUACCCUUGCAUACAAAAAUUAGCAGUAAAAAACCAUAUUUCAAGCACAAUAAUAAAAGAGAGGGGUGUGAAAUUAAACAACCUAGUGCCUCCAAGCAAUACCUUCCAUUGCCACAGACCAAGACAAACCGGCUUCUAAAUGACAUAGUAUGGUUCAAUAUACAUUGCAAAACAGAGGAGAAAUGAAUUUGUUUAUUGUUAUUUCUCUAGUUUGUAGACAGCCCUUCAUCAUGUCAAUGUGAUCUCAAGGCAGUUUCCAACAAUGCACAAAAUAUAAUACAUAAAAGAAAACAAUUGUUAAAACAACCCAAUUAAUAAAAAGAAGCAGGGGAGCAACAGCCUGGUGACAAUGUAAUCAAAGGGAGGUUACUAAUUUACUCCCAAUUCCUUGGAGAAUAGGAUUGUUUUAAGGCAAAUGCUCUUAAAAAAUAAAGUUGUAAAAUUAUUUUAUAUUUGCAUCUUACUUACAUUGCUCCUUUUUUUGGGUAGGCACUGAGUAGGGGUGGCGCUGUGGAUUAAACCACAGAGCCUAGGACUUGCCGAUCAGAAGGUCGGCGGUUCGAAACCCCAUGACGGGGUGAGCUCCCGUUGCUCGGUCCCUGCUCCUGCCAACCUAGCAGUUCAAAAGCACAUCAAAGUGCAAGUAGAUAAAUAAGUACCGCUCCGGCGGGAAGGUAAACGGUGUUUCCACGCGCUGCUCUGGUUCGCCAGAAGAGGCUUAGUCAUGCUGGCCACAUUAUUCGGAAGCUGUACGCCAGCUCCCUCGGCCAAUAAAGCGAGAUGAGCGCUGCAACCCCAGAGUCAGUCACGACUGGACCUAAUGGUCAGGGGUCCCUUUACCUUUACCUUUAGGGGAUCUUAUCAGCCAUAAUGUAGAUUGAACUCGCUAUAUAAUUAGGGGGAAUAUUGUGCAGGACUCCUCUAACCAGCAUCUGACAGGGUGGAGGGUAUCUGAGUGAAACUUGCUAUGAUUAAGGUGCCCAAGCAGUAAUUAUACAUAUAUUGGAAUAUAAAUUAAAACAGUUUUACUCGUGAGCUUAGACUAUAUAACCAUUCAUCUUAUUUGAGCCCCUCGGUUAUAAAAUGUGGCAGUAGAAUAUCCAUCUGCCUUCAGAGAAAAUGUGUCCACUGUCCUACCCUGUAAUCCUUCUGGAACCAUCUUGAGUAACGCAAGAAAUGUGUUGUGAAAGACCUGACUAAUCAAGGCUUCUCUGUACAAGGGAACAGAAUUUGUCUUAGGUAAAUGCCCUCCUCUCCUUAAUAUUCAUAUUGUAAAUAAAGUAGGGGUAUUGCUACUCACAGCAUUUAUAGCAAAUUUUAAUGGACAUAAACAACUGUGGAUCAGUGUCUGAUUAUUGUUUACAAUUCCAUUUGGUCAACACUUAGGUAACACUGGGCAACAAUUUUUUACUUUUUGAAUGUUGUCUAGAUUUCUACAACUGAUUUAGGGUAUUUUUGCACUGCUGAAUCAGGAAAUGGCAUCCAUUUCUCUCCAUCAGGUCAGGUUUACUGUAAACUGAAUGGUGGGCAUUGAUAAAGGUAAGUACACGUAAAUUGCAUGUCGCUUCACCAUUUUUCAAACUUCAGGGCUUGAACUUCCAUUUCUUGGAACUCCUGGAAUGCUCAGCGGCAGGGAGGUCUCUUUUCAGAGUCCAACAGUAGUCAGCCAUCAUGACUGCGUCCCAGCGACCCUGAUACCUGGUCUCCAUCUCUUUCAUGUCCUGAUGGAAUCUCUCCCCUGCUCGUCACUCAUUGAACCCAGGUUCUCAGGAAACCGGUCCAUAUGUGAAAAUAGGUAGUGCAUCUUGACGCUCAUGUUGCAGUCCAGGUUUCUGAAAGCAGUCAGCAUGUUGUUGACAAGUUCUGCGUAGUUUCUGGCCUUAUUGUUGCCAAGAAAGUUCUUCACUACCAGAACAAAUGCCUUCCACGCUUCCAGUUCCACUUCCUUCAUUGAGUUUCCGAACUCUGGAUCUCUGAUGAGCUGACGGAUCUGAGGACCGUCAAGGAUGCCAGCUUUCAACUUCUCCAUGGUCAAUCCUGGAAAAGCCUGGCACAAGUAAGUGAAGCAGUCACCAUCCUUGUCCAGAGCCUUGGUGAACUGCUUGAUUAAGCCGAGCUUGAUGUGCAGCGGUGGGAAGAGUAUUCUGUCUCUGUCCACCAGAGGGUCGUUGAUGACGUUCCUUUCUUUGCAAGGCACCAAUUCCUCCCGCACAGGCCAGUCCUUCUUCGUGUAAUGCUGAACACGGUCCCUACUAUCCCACAUGCACAGAAAACAUGGGUACUUGGUGAAGCCAGACUGUUGUCCCAACAAAAAGUUCACCAUCUUCAGGUCAACACAAAUAAACCACGUAUGCUAAUCAUAACCAAUUUUCUCCAGCACAUACUUCACCGCUUCAUAGUUCUCCUUCAGUGUACUCGAGUGAGCCAGGGGUAUAGAGGCAAACUGGUUGCCGUUGUGUAGCAGAACACAUUUCAGUGAUCGCUUGCUGCUGUCAGUGAACAGUCUCCAAUCUUUGGGUUUGUACUGUGGCACUCCAAGCCCCAUUAACUUAGUUUUGAUCCCCCAACUUUAUGCUUUGCCGCACUAAUUUAUGGAAGAUUUCGAGGUUUUAUGACUUCAGACUGAUCCCUUUUCGACAUUAUCACCCAGAACUAUCGGACCUGAAUACUUCUUGUCAUUCAAAUAAUCAUUUCCAAUCAAAACAAUUAUUCGACAUGGCAUUUUACCCCCACCAACUUCUUCUAAAAUGCUCCACACAAGCGUACAUGUGAACAAAAAUGUAAAAAAAAUGACAUGUGGCCAUAGCUCAAAAACUUGACCUGAUUGAGCAAAACUAAUGUGAUUUUUUGAUUCAGCGCAUCUGAUUCGUCCUAAAUCAACUGAAAAAAUGCAGACAACAAAUUUGUUGUUGACCAGUGUAAUAGCAAGGAUUUCCAAAAUGCCCCUCUGUCAAUUUCAUUUUAUUCAGAUUUAUAUCCUGCCUUUUGACAGUAUUCUUCCAAAUGACACUGUUAUCCAGACAUGAUUCAGCACCUUAGACUCCCCUCUGGACUAAGUUUGUAGUGCAUAACUGUUCUCCAGACCUAUCCAUGAGACGACCUUUUGAGUAGUAUUUCUAAGCUUAUUUUAUUUAUUUAUUUUUAAAAAUGUGUUUGCUGCUCUGGAAAUCAAUUUAGGAAGCAGUGUGCAGUUGUGUUGUGCAAAUACAAGUCUAGGAAAGGAAAGCAGAGUGCCCGUUAGACACAAGUACGUAUUUAGACAGUUGCUGUACAUAUGCAACAGAUUCCAGCUUCUUUAAUUCCAAGUGACUGAACAAUUGCAUGCAGUCGGAAAGUUAACUCUCAUUUUUCACACACGCACACACACACACAGAGAGAGAGAGAGAGAGAGAGAGAAUUUGCAGGAAAAUGGGAAUGCUUCCUAAUCAAAAAUGAAGAAUAAAAUAUUUUAAAAGCCAAAUGGGAAGUAUAAUGAGAAGAAACCAAGACAUAAUUGUUCUCAUGUUUCUUGACUACUAAGAAUGCCAUUCGGUGACAUUUUUAAGUCUACCGGGAUUCUGAUAUAAAUGGACUAGUUGAACUGAUCAGUUUCCUUUGUGGAGUGGGCGGGGGAAAUAAAAGACCAUUUGCUUCAUAAAAAAUUCAGCAUUGCCCUUUUUACUUUUCAGAAAACAAGGUUUUCUUUAAGUGAAAGAGAAGAAAAUCCUCUGAAAAGAAACAGAUUGGAGGAGAUAAAAAUAGCUUUCUAAAUGAUGCUUUUGAGGAGUCAGCUUGCAUUCUUGUACUACAAGUGUGACCUUAGGGCCCAGAGAUGCAGUCUUCUGAAUUCCAGUAGUGGCUUCAAAGGCAUGUUUGUUGUCACUAAUCAGUAAUAUUUCUUCCUUCAGCAUAUAAUUUUAUCAGUAGUGUCCACUUGACUUGGUGAUUAUCAGCCAGCUGCAGUCUCUACACACAAAUGCACAAUCUAGUUACUAUCCAGACCCAAUUAUUUGGUUGGGUGCGGGGCGGGUUAGAAGCACCUAAUUCACAUCAGAUUGCUGCCGACACACUGCAUUAGUGCAAAUAUUUUCUCGAGCCAAACUCCCCCCAACCUGGACAAAAACAGUGGCAACCUUUGAACACUGACACACCUCGACUCCACAAUGGGCGCAAUUCACUGCGUCAGCUUGAUUGGAAAGAGGUGUUGCAAACAUGCAUUCAAUGGCACACUUGUGUUGUUAGCAAAAUCCCAUUUCUUUCACUGAGCUUGCACCCGAGACAUUUCCAGUGGACCAUGUCCGUUGACCUUUAUAUUUGGAUAUUUAUAAUUGACUCCCUAUGCAUCUCUAAUGUGGGACUUUCCAGGGUUAUGGCUGCCUUCGUGAAUACAUCUCAACAUAAUUCUAUUCCAGUCAAGCUAAAGCAAACGUUUCUGCAAAUAUACUAACCAAAUACACUAAUAUGCCAAUUCUGGGUCCCCUUUAUCUUUGUGCAGUGAGCUAAGCCUCCUUAGGGAAGUUCACAGCCUCGAGCUGCGAUGUCUCCCUAAGAGAUCGCAGUUAUUCAUUCCCACCUAAAAACUGCAAAGAGAUUAAGUUGCAAAGGUAUCCCCACAAGCCCCAGAGCUGCAGUGUGUGACAGUUUCAUUAAUGUGGCCGGCAGAAGGCAUAGCUUAGUCAGGGCCACUCGUAGCUCAGGCAUACAGGUAAAUGUGUGCCUGAACACUUUUCACCUUACAGCUAGACAAGGAAAACCUACCGUGAUUUACAAUAAAUAUACCUCCCGGAAUUUUGCAUCCUGGGUGGGGAGGGGGCGGGACCAAAACAAAACUUACUCAGAGAAGGCAGUUUAGUACACGCCUUUCUUUUACUUGCAAAUGACAUUCUCCAUCAAAGUUUGCAAAGCCAGCAGCUCUUCCUUUGCUAUGAGAGUGUGCACAGUUUAGCUAUUAACAGAAGCACCUGCAAGCUAUUGUUUACAAGCUAAAGCAGCUGACACAAUUGAUAGUGGCCCCUUCACAGUAAAAUGUCAGUGUGUUUUUUCCAGCAUCACAGAAGCUGCUUUCCCAACUACCCACAGAGCCUUAACUAUUUCAGAUUAGCAUUUAGACUCCUGUUCAAUCUUAGCAGGGCAAUUCAGCAACUGCAGCCCAGAUAUUUAUUUUUUUGGGGGGGGGGGGGAAGGUACCAGCUCAAAUCUGGGCAAGUAGUAGCUUGGCACUCUGCAUCUUAAAAAUUAAUUUUUUGACUGUGCUGUGUUGUAUAACGUGGUUUUGGAAGCCGGUUUUACAUUGGCAAUCAGUCAUUGGGUAGCAAGUAUUCUUUAGAACAGCCUUUGCCAAACUGGUGCCUUCCAAUCGUUUUGGACUAUGACACUCGUGCUGACUGGGGCUGAUGGAAGUUGUAGUCCGAAACACCUGGAGGGCACUAGGUUGGCAAAAGCUGUUUUAGAGCCAAGCUAGACAUUACACAGAGGAAAAAGUGUUUUCCUUCACAUUUUUUUAAAAAACCACAAUUAUCUUUUGCAGCCUGUCAGCCUGAGCAGUGUAAGGAGAGCAUGCAUCUACUACCCUCUGGCCAUUUCCCAGUUCAAAAACAGCCUCUCUAAAUCUAUGUUUCAUACACUCCUUCCUCAUGGUAGGAAAGAAAUCGGGGGGCUGCCGUUGGAAGGAGCCAGCAAGUAGGAAUAGGGUCAAGCAGUCUCUUUCCACAUUGUUGUUGUUGCUGCUGCUGCUUCUCUUCUCUCUCCAGUGCAGUUUUUUGGUAUAAAAAGCACACCAUCAGUAGCAAAAGACAAUGGAAGACAAUGGGACUUCAUGUGACACCCAGCUUUUCUCUUAAUUAAACAGGCUUCCAUCAACUGCCAUCUCCUUGCAGCCUUUGGCUGAGAAGCACCCAAACUUUCCCGCAAAUGAAUCAUUUUUUUUUUUAAAAAAAACAAAUUGAAAAGUGGCAGCUGUAAAAACCAAACGUCAUGUUUUGCCAACAGAUUUCGCCAAGAAGAAAGAUCCAGGCAGGGGUUUCUGCCUCACUGCAUUGUCAACUUUGAGAUGGCUUUCCAUAAAACAGAUCACGCCAGAAUAUUUUAAAAUGAAAAUGCAACAACUCUCAAUCUCCAUGUGCUGCUGCUGUAGUUUUGAAAAGAGCACUUCAAGAUAGUCCUGAAUCUGACUCCCCAACCUGGUGCCCUUCAGAUUUUGAAUUUUAAUUUUGGGCUGCAACUCCCAAUGGCUCCAGCCAGUAUGACUGUUUAGGUGAUAAUGGGAUUGAUGGGAGCACAACCAUGCUGGUUGAGCCUGAUGAGAGCUGUCAUCUAAAAUAUUUGGAGAGCACCAGUUUGGGGCAGGCUGCUGUACAUUGACAAUAGACUGUCUUAGCCAGCAUUGCCAAAAUGUGCACCGAAAGCUGGAAAAAUGUUUGCAUUUUAAGUGUGUGUAUAAUCAAAGCAAGAAUUGUAAACUAAAGUGAUACAGAAAAUUUAACAAUUAAUGUUUGGUGGGGGAGGGACUUGUUUUUGCAUGCAGUUAUGAAUGAGUGGUUUCUGAAUGUUUUGUACAUGUUUCAUGUGUUUUCAGUGGUGCAGACCUAGACAUCUUUCUGACAGUCUAUUGGUUGUUUGGUUUAAAAGAGGCAAAAAAAACAAAAAACAACCACCCCAAAAUAUAUUAACUGAUUGGUGAGCCUCGUUUGCAAGCUAAUCUGAGCAAAAAGCUUUUGUCAGAUGCCGAGGGAUUGACUUCUUUCGUUAUUCUUUUCCCUGAGAAAUUCAUCCUCUGUUCUUAAGUGUUUUGUUUUCUCAUCCCUUGAGGAACACAAAGAAAAAUGAGUUUGUUUUUACUUGUAAGGCUUUACUCAGUUGCCAAAUUCCGCCGAAGAGCUGGACUAUGGGGAUCUCUCAGGUAAGGGCUAGUUCUUAGGUUAAGCCAAUGUGGUUGUUCAGUCUGUGGGUUUGUUUGCUUUCCACCUUGUUUGCAUCCUGGCUGCUUUAAAACAAAACGAAACAAAAAUCCAUUGUGCAAUUGCUGUGCGGCAGAAUCGCAGCUAAUCAGAUGCAGAGGCCCAUUAUUCAGAAUGGCUGCUCCUCUCCUCCCCCCUCUUGCCGUUGGGCUUUUCCUCCUCCCAAUCGCUUGAUAAGGACAAGAAUUUACCAACGUGUAUAGCAGCACUCGAGAGGGGGGGAGGUGAUGGGAGCAUAGAGCGCCGCGAGUUAUAUUACAGGUUGUCUAGUAGCUGCUGUGAGCUCAGUUGCUGGAAAUAAUUUUUUUGAAUCCUAAUUAGAGAACGGUUCGGUUGAAAUUUUGUUGCAUUUGUAAAACACUUAAGGAUGCCAGGUUUGUGUGGGGAAAGGGGUGAGGGGUGUGUGUCUCCAAUACAACCUUGCUUGGAGUCUGGGUUGCCUGUUCUGUCAUGUGCUGCUGUUAAAUGGAUGUGGCAGGAUUCUCUUAAGUGCAGAGAGAAGAGGGAAAUUAUUUCAUUGCAUACCAGACUCUAAAUGAAUUAUAUGCCAACCUUACUUAUUUUUUUCACAGCAGAUUGAAUAUCUUUGCCAGGAAAAGAUGUAGUCCUUCCUAUUUUACUAUCCUAUGUUGUAUCCUGUCCCUCCCGACGCCCCAUUAGACUCAAGGCAGUAUACAUGGGGGUUAUCCUAUUCUUACCUUCUCAACAGCCCUUUGAGUUUGACUGGUGCUUUGUCCAAGAGCCCACAGCUGAGUGGAGAUUUGCUCUCCACAUUCCCACAGUGGAGAUGUAAUGGAGAUUUAACUAAUCCAAGUUAAGACUCGGCCCUUUUUUCCAAUUGAGGAGUUAGGGUUCAGGCAACCGUAGUGUUUGUUUGGAUAUGCCAUCUUCUACAGGGAGUAUACAGGGCUGGUGUUUAUAUGGCCUAUAUUUUAUAAUGGAUAAAAUGUGUUUCCAUUUUGACAUAAGAGAUGUAUACUGUACUAAGACGGAAAUUACACUGUUGACUGGAGACAUGGAGAGGAGUUUGUGCUAUUAAAAAAAAUCCAUAGCUGUGUAUUCCACUGAUACUCACAGCAUGAAAUGAAUCCUGUGUUGGCAGAUCUCCUUUUUGUUUUUUAAGAUAAUCUUUAAAAAUACCUAUAGAACCAAAAGGGGGGGAAGGGAUUGACUGAACUAUAUUCUAAUAAAAGCACAUAAGUGGCAGAAAUAAAAAAAGAUCAAGAGUUACAGUACAAAUUAUAAAGGUGAAUAAUAUAAGAAAUGUUAGAUUUUACCUGUGUAGGAACCAAUUAUUAGAUGUUUUGAUUGUUUUAUCACACGUGUGUUUUCCAUCCUGGUCUCCUUUGGGAGAAUGGGCAGGAAAUAAAUGUAAUAGCAAUGGUAGUAGUAGUAGUAGUAAUAAUAAUAGUAGUAGUUGAAAGAAGCAUGUAGUUGGCUGUAUAAAAUGAGAACAGAACCAAUAAUUGCAUUCGAACGAAAAUACAAAACUGUAUUUUACCUUGACAUUUUUUGUUCAAAUUAUAUCAACAGAGACCAUUUUUUAUCAAAUCUUCCAGCAGCAAAUAAAUUAAAUAACAGUUCUAAAGCAGCAGUUUCAAGCCAUCCUCUUAAAUAUCCCUAAAGAAUUAUCUUUGGAUUUAGCAAGGUGCUAUAAACUGCAUUUUAUUUCAUUCUGUCUAGAACUGUGCUCUGAAAUUUUAGUUGGUACAGGCAGUAACAAAAAAUAUGCAUAAAAUCUGCCUUAACAGAGCUCUCAACAGUUGUUAACACUGGACAGGUUUUAAAUAACCUCUUUGGUUUCUCUGAUAAGGUAUCUUGAAAUAAUUUUCUUUCAUGUCGCCUCUUACCAAUCUGAUAAUGACACGGUCCCAAAAGGUUCAAUCUUUCCCCCAUUAUUUAUUGUUGUUUUUAUUGUUGCUGUCUUUUGUAUACAACUUUUUUUGGGGGGGGAUACCACAGCUGUUCACAUAUUACAACCCUCAAAUACAGCAAUAACAGCAGAUAGGAUGAAACUCACUCAUAGCUGAAAUAGGCUUGCCAUACGUCCGGAAAAUUACUGACAUGUCCUGGUUUUUGAGUGUAAAAAUGGCGUUGGGGGAAUUUUGCUGAACUGGCUGUACUGUACAUCAAUGUGAUAGGAAAAGCAAUGGAAACAGCUCAAAAAAUUUAAAAUCAGUAUUUUUGGGUUAGGUUUCCCCAAGAAGCCCAACAAUCUGGGUUUGUUCCCCCCCAAAAAAGAGCUUAAUUUUGGAGUCGGGGGUUUUGCUUUUUGAAAUAUGGCAACCCUAGUUGAAAUAUAUGUUGAGAGUGGGGUCUGUUUUGGCUGCAUAAAAUUGCAGAUUGGGUCACGUACAAUGCCAAACAUGAGGGACCUUCCUGUUCAUUGUUUGACACCAGGCUACAAAUCCAGAUUGGCUUGGCUUGAUGGUUUGCUCAUGAAAUUCUUUCAUGGCCCAGCGAAGCACUUUAUAAGACUCAUGAACUGAUUUCUCCUCUCCCCCAAGCAGUCAGAGGCCCAGAGUUCUUCCAAAUUGAGGCCUUCUGUCGCUUGUUUUAACCUCUCUUUCUACAACACUGAACUGCUCUAACCAAGUGGGAUGGGAGGGGUGCAAUCCAAGGGUUCAUUCUGCGUCCAUGAAACAGAUUGUGAUUGUGUAAAAGCAUGAUGGCAUUCUAGCAUAAUUCCCAUUCCAAGGUUCCUCUUGGAUUCUGACCAGUGUUUCUACUGCUAAGUCUGUUUUGAACUCCUCUUUAUAGCGUUAGGUUGAAUGAGUAGGAAGAGAAUUAAAACUACAUCCCAUUUCUUGCUCCUUGCCUGUGUUUAUUUGGUAAUGUGACAAACCCAUACAUUUGUGCACAAGUGAAGCAAUCUCUUUGCAUUUAUUCACCAUGUUCCAGCCGAUCACAUCCCAUUUUUAAGAUUGUGCUCCUGCUAACAUGUGUUGUAGAACACGGCACAAUCAAAAAGGACCUGUGUAGCCCUUCCAUGUAGUUUGAUUAACUAAUCAAAAACUGAUUAGCACCUUUGUUCAUGGGGGAUGCUGAUUAAUCAAUUACUAUUGAUUGUAAGCAUGGCUUUGUUCUCUGGCAAAGGGAUGCCUAGAGAAGCAGCCAAUAAAAAUUGAGCACCUGUCAUAGCGAUUAAAUUUAUUAAAACAAAAUACAUUAUUUUUUAUGAAGCUAUCUUGAAAUGGGUCACUGAAGGGGAACAUAUUGAUUGAGGAAGGAUGAACUUCUUGAAUUUCGCUCACUUAAAUUAGAGACCAAAUUCAAUUAUAAUGCAAGACAAACAGGUUAACACCAGCUUUAAAUAGCCCAUCAAUAAAUUAGAAUAGGUGCAGUACACUUAACGCUAAACUAGGGCAAUGAAUAAUAUUGUCUGUCCCUGGCUCUUCCAGGCCUUGGUUUUAACCUAUCUGGGUUAUUAUGGGCAUAAACAUGGCCUGCAAUUCGCAGACAGAGACACCAGCCCUUCUGCCACUUUGCGUGGCAUGUCCUUACACAGUGAAUCCGAUUCACUUGACUGGACCUGGGUGCCGUUUGAAGCUCUCACAUGCCUGCUCAAUAUCACAGCCUCCUAUGUCAGUGUAAGGCAGCCUUUCUCUGUGUGUCCCCAGAUGUUGUUGAACUACAACUCCCAUCACCCCUAGCUAGCAAGACCAGAGCUCAGGGAUGAUUGGAGUUGUAGUCCAACAACUACCCACAGGUUGAGAACUGCAGGAGGCCUUCUCCAAAUUUAAUGGAUUGGGCUGUGAUUUAAUGUGCAUGUUUCCAUAACUGUUAGUGCUGGAUAAACAAAAGCUUACUCCACACGCCCUUUCUCUUUGUAGCUUGUGCUGAUCUCCACCCAAAACCCAGCUCCUUGUUGUGCACCUCCCAUUCCUUUCAAAGGCGAUUUGUGUUCUUGCAAAAAGCAAGUUGUGUUGCUCUGCUUGCAAAUUAGCCAGUGAUAGCUUUGCUAUGUGGCUAUUUGCGCUGAGCAAUGAGGUUGAAUAGCUAAAUGCUGUGCCCUUUAGAUAUUGUGGGGGGGGGGCGGGUAAUUAUCUAGGGAUUUUGGCAGGGUGGGCUCAGGAUUAUCAUAGAAUUACAGAGUUGGAAGGAGCCUCAAGGAUCAUCUAGUCCAACUCCCUGCAACGCAAGAAUAUGCAGCAUUCCCAUAUGGGGAUCGAACUUCCAACCUUGGAGUUCUUAAUUUAUGAUGUCCAAAGUGGGCUUUCGAAUAGGAGUUCCCAGGGGAGACAAGUCCUCAUAGGACAUUUGGUCCAGCGUAUCAGCCCUUAUGGUCUGUGGUUUCACAGGUAAAUUCAGUUCCAAUAUAGGCCAAAGCUGAUGCCAAGGUCCUUGAACCAAAGCUUGAUUUCCAUGGCUUCCCUUACAAAUUUUGAAACGAAACACCUUCUCCACGGUGAUGUCUAAAGAUAAAUCACCUGGCAGCAUUAAGCAAAGCAUUUAUAGAUGCACACGGGUACGUGUACGUAUGUGGUGGAAUCAUCAUAGUAUUAAAAAUUCAUUCCCCUUUAGAAACGGUGGAGCUGUUAAAACUUAUGUAGGAGGGAGCCUUAAAUCGAAAUGUGCCGAAAUUAACAGUCAUGCUGAGCCCACACAGAAGAGAUCUAUCAGCCCUUUGGUUUUAUAGCAAAAAUGUGCACAGCAGAAAAUUCAGGCUUGCUAGUAUAGCAUUGCCCCCCCCCCUUUUGCAAAUAGAGUGUUUUAUUACCUUUGUCUACAUAACUUAGUCACACACACACAAAAGUUAAACAAGGAGCAAGAAAACAAGACCCCGUGGAGCAAAUGUGUUAAAUCAUAGCAAUAAAGCAUCCUGUGUCUGGAGUUCCUUAAGUACUUUUCUUAUAUUGUGCCCCAGGUAUUAAAAAAACAGAAGCUUCAAUGUAUUGAGUACCCUGCUGCCAGAGCUAUAGCAGCCCACAAAGAAGGAAGUUGAAAAUGAUUGAAAAGUUAAGAGUUCAGAGGAAGGCUUUGACCCAGCUGCUGAGCUCAACAGCUGCCUGCCCAUCUAGCCUGUGUUUUCUAACUUGUGCAUGAAUGAUCUAGAUUUGGGGUGAGCAGGGAGGUAGCCAAGUUUUGCUAGUGAUUGUUCAGGGGGGCAAAAACAAAAAGGGAUUUUGAGGAGAUCCUAAAAGAUCUCUCCGAAGCAGGUCAAUGGGCAGUAAAAUAGCAAUUGCUCUUCAGUUCAAGUAAGUCUAAAGUGAGGCAAAAAAUACCCUAAUUUCACACAUAUGCUCACGGGCUCUGAAUUGGCCCUGACUGACUAGGAAUGAGACAUUGGGGUCAUAGUUGAUAGCUGUUGGCUGCUGUGAAAAGGGUGACUUCCAUGUUAGGGAUCAUUAGGAAAGGAAUUGAAAAUAAAACUGCUGGUAUCAUAAUGCUAUUCUACAAAUCUGUGGUGCACCCAUGCUUGGAAUACUAUGUACAGUUCUGGUUGCCACUCCUGAGAAAGGAUAUUGAAGAGCUGGAAGAGGCUCAGGAAAGGACAGCAAAAAUGAUAACUGGAAUGAAGCAACUCCCCUUUGAGGAAAGCUUACAACAUUUGGGGCUUUUUAGUGUAGAGAAAAGGCAAGCAAGAGGUGUGUAUGAUGAUGAUGCAGGGCAUGGCAAAAUUGGAUUUCAUGAUACUUUAUCCAAUGAAACUGGAUGGUGGAAGAUCCUGGACAGACAUUAGAAAGUACUUAUUUAGACAGCACAUCGUUAAAAUAUAGAAUUAGCUUCAACCAGAUAUAGUGGCAGCUUUAAAAGAAGACAUUGAGGAUAGAACUAUCAAUGGCUAUUAGCCACAGUGGCUAAGUUCUCUGUCCACUGUUGGCUGCAAUGGGCUUCUGAAUACCACUUGGUGAGAAUCACAGAUGAGACGAGUGAUGCUGCACUCAGGUCCUGCUCUGUGGGCUUCCCACAAAUAUGUGGUUGGCUGUUGUGAGAAUAGGAUGCUGCACUAGAUAGAUGCGGUCCAACAGGGCUCUUGUAUGCUUAUCCCACCACAAUAAAUACCCAUUUCAGAAAGCGCUGUCUGUCUGAGGCCCAUGUUCGAUCUGCAUGUCUUCGACUCCAGAGGGAACACGAGCAUUGAAACUUCAUGUUGCAUGACCCCUGCCAAGCCUGAAGCUUCCUUGGGAAGCACUUUGCGUAAUGGCUACUCUAGUCCUGUUCCUGAGGAAGAUGCAAGUGUGAGGUUGUUCUCCAUAAUAGGCCAUUAAAGCCCGCCCCAAAGCUUCAUUCGCUCUCUAUUUUUUUGUAUGUUAUGUAAUAUUUUUAUUUAGGUCAAGUCCCAGUCAGGCAGAUUUGAUGUGUAUCUUAACAAAGUUGACAUAUAAUCUGUUAGGAUGUCUGCAUCAUUUGGAGCGUGCAUAGGUAACUUCAAAACAGUUUGUUCUAAGCAUCAAGUGUCUCUUUUACGCAGGGUAAUUGCCAGAAUUUUAUUUGCUAAAAUAUUGGGAAACCAAGUAAAAUUGCAUGGCUAAAUAAGAUUAGGAACAGCUAAUUUUCAUUUAACUGCUUUUCAAAUAUCAACACUUACAUCAGACCUGGAGAUCUGAUUUUACACAUCACACAUGAAUAAACUGUCAAUGUCCCAAGUCAAAUCAAUGCGCUAUGAAUUUAUGGCGAAUGUUGCUUCCUUCUGUAGAUAUUUGGGGAAGUGGAUGUAUGAAUUCUCUUUUUUAAUUGAAGUGCCAUUUAGUUUUAAUGUUUUUUCCCUCUCUCUCUCUGAAAGCCUAACAUCCUGUCAAUCCACAUUUUUUGAGAAUGCCAGGCUUGUGUUGGGCUCUUAUUGGCAGGAGAUGAAUUCACUUAUUUGAAACUUUUCUAGGGCAAAUAUAAAAGCAGUAGAUAGGGUGCAAGUGUUUAAGGCAGGAAUUUGCAAACUUGGUUGCAGUGAGUCAGACUCAAAGCACUCCUCUCAUAGAAGCCAAUCAGGCCCACAAGCAGGACACGAGCACAGCAAGACUUUCCCCACUUGUGAUUUCCAGGAACUGGUUUUCAGAGGUGCAGGUUGUGCUAUUGCAAUGGGGGGGAAAUCCUCUUUUGAGGAGCAGCAGUGCUGAGUCUUGUUGCCAACACAGUACAGGCACUUCUGCUGGUAUCAUGACCUCUUGCAGUACUGGCCAGUGUUCGGUGUUCAGACUGCAGCAGCAAAGGUUGGGGGGUUUCAGUGAAAUCUACAUUUCCCCCCCCAACCAAACUUGCCCAUUCACUCUAGCCAAAUCAUUCCCAGCCUAGUAGGUCUUUUUAAAAAAAACAAAACAGUGCAGUUACAGGAUCUUCAGAACAGUUAUGGGGCGAGUGAGCCUGCUCUGCCCCCUGUAAUUUGAGCACCUGUACUACUUGACCCUAUGCAUUUGGGAGCCAGCCUGCUUCCGCAGUUCCAUUUCUCCUUCGCCCACCUUUCCGGAGGCUCCUUGGAGGAAAGGCCGGCGUGCCCCAAUGUAUAUUAACAUCUUAAUGGAAAAGCUGUACAUGUAUAUACGUUUACUGCUCUCUCUGACAAGAGGGAAUUACAUGUCAGAAGGAUUUGUAGCAUCUGUAAUUGAAUUGCUGCUGAGAAAAGCAAAUCUUAAGGAAGAAUAACACAUUAGGAUUAGCAAAUAAUGUGGCGUUUUGUCAGAGCCUGCCAUCUAGCUUGUCCCUCUUCAGUACUGUACCGGUGACUCCCCACCCCCACCCCCCCGCUUCACUCUUUAACUAAAGAGACAAUGUUAACUGGGGCAACCAUUUCAGCUGACACUUACUUUUAAGGUCAAUAUUUGUUUGCAAAGCAAAUCCGUCACACCCCCACCACUGGUUCUGGCACAGGUCGAUAGUCAAUGACACACACACACAUAUUGCAUACGCACACACAAACACAUGAUGGGCUGAGUUGGGGCAUGCUAUAACAUCUAAUGGUCACUUUGUGUUUGUUUUUACAAUUAGCCGUUAACUUUGCACGCAGAAUUUCUGCAAAGCAAAAAGAUUAUCUCCGCCAGCAGAAAACUCCACUAUGCCGUCCUUUGCGUGACUCUUAAUUUCAUGUCCUGCUUCACACGUGUCGUUUCUGCAGGGCUGCUGUACGUCUGGGUUUGUAGAUUGCAACUUUUUAAAUUGCCAGCUCGAUAAGCAGAUAAAUCUCUAUUUCAGCUGGGGAUACUUUUUUUUUCUUUUUUGCACUUGGAAGACUUCAAAGGAAAAGUGUUACAUAAAGAAGUGAAAACGCCUGAUCUAAUAUCUUGUGACACUUUGAAAUAAAAAAAAAAAUUGAUUUGCUUCCAGAAGCAUCUAAAAAUAGCAAGGCUCAUUCCAGUAUUGCACCCCAGCCAGCAGAGACCACCAGCUGGUAGCACAGUGUUUUUUUUGUGGGGUUUUUUUUAACUUUUCAGAAAUCACUCGGGUAUACAAAGUCAAAUCUAAUCUUUGCAUUUUCCUUCUUUCUUUUUUUAAAAAAAUCUAAAUCGCAAACAUAAAAUGUCCCUGAGGCUUUUGCUUUUCUCCUAAAAAUGGAUAACCAACCAAAAUGUGCUUAGAGACUGCAGAGAAGUAGAAGUCUAAGAAGAGAUGCAAGGUGGGUGCUUUUCUGCAGAUGUGGCAUCUCUUCUCCAGUUUCCAGCGCCCAAGAGAGGUGGUUUGCGGAAGAGGAUGUGGGAGCGUCACUAAAGAAUCAGACAACUGGACAACUUCUGUUUGCAACCAAGUUUUUCUGCAGUAUGAAUCUCCCACCAUUAAGGUCAACAAGCCAUAGACCACCACCUCUGCUAUAUACGUAGAUUGAGUUUCCCUGCUCUCCUUUAAUUACAGGAGAUCUAAGAGUGCCUUUGAACAGUCUUAGAAAAGCAAGCAAAUGACUUGUGGCCUGUGGAUGAGACCAGAGUUGGAAUUGGUAUCAGACCCUUGUGCCCUUCAAAGAGUGAAGAAGUCUUCUGUCUUCAGGGCAGAGACUGUUGUAAAGGCACAAGUAAGGGGUUGAUGUUCAGGGAUCCUUCCCUAGGAUGCAGUUCAGAAGUGGGGGCAUUCGGACUGAAAUGAAACUGAAAUAUUGAUCAUGUUAGCAAGCUUUCCGUAGAAUAACAUCUGCAAACUGACUUGAAAAGGAGCGGCUCCCCUCGUUUGAUGAUCUAAUAGGGGAAGCAUGGGCUUGUUAUCCUUUAAGGUGAGGAAGGCACUCUUGACUGUCUUCCACAGGUGCAAUGCUCAUUGGCUUGCAAGCACCGAGCAUUCUCUACACACUGUAGUUAAUUUUUAAUUAACAUGUACCCUCAAAGACGGGAUACUUAGCCAUGCACAAAAUAAAAUAAACUCGGAGCGUGCACUCUGCAAAGCUUCUGUUUUCGUAGAAAUAAUUAAGAAAAAUGUGAGUGCAGAUCCCAGCGGAAGGAAUCGCAUUUAAUAAACUCGGCUGGCCAAAAGCGUGUGGUAAGCGGCACACGGGCUUCUUUGGGGAAGAACAGGCUAGAUGAGGAGCUACUGCUGUUGACUUAAUUGCAAAUUGAACAGCAGCCACGAGAGCUUGGCAAGUGAGUGACAUUGACACAAUAUUUCAGUUGGUCUGUUGCGGGACAGAUGCUCAACUGGCGUAAAUCAACCGAAUGCCAGAAACUGUCACUUCAGCUGCGCCGGGUGUAUAUCAGCUGCAGUGCCCGUAGUUUUGUUGUUCUUUCCCCCCAUGUGUGUCCCAUCUGCAGUGGACAACCUUGGCAGAAAAGGAUGUAUUCUCUCCAGGCACUGUGCAAAGAGCCUUGUCUUGUUUCCCCUAACAUCACUCAAGAUCAUCCUAAUGUCAGAAGGGUCUCUAAACAAUGCUUCUAUGUAUUCUGUAGAGGGCUUUGGAAUUGGUGGGAGCAACCACAGAAAUAAAAGCCCUUUAAGGUUGGGGACAUAGACCUAUUGAGAGACCUGCUACUUCCCAGCUGGCAGGUCAGGGGUUGAAUUUCUGCCUGUGUGCUCCUCCCUCUGCCCUGCUUGUACCAUUACCCAGGAAAUUUUGGUGAAUCCACCUGAAAAUCCAUGGGGACAGGACAGGUGGAACCAGAUCUUACCAGAAUGUGAUAGCAUCUUAGACGGACUUAGACCUUCCCAUGGUAGCUCAGUAGCAUAAAACAGCUAUGACAAGAUGCUGCCAACUGAGUCAAGCUGUGAUCACAGAGACACUGGGAAUGUGAUUGUUGAUCAAGCAACACGAUAAGCCCGUUAAUUGUGGGAAGCAUUAAAAUAUCUUUCUCAUUUAAAUAUUCAUGCGCAAAUUUUUAAAAUAAAUGUUUCCUUACUCCGGAUCCUGGUAUUAUGGAAAAACUGCAUUUUCCCUUGUGAUCUGAAGCUAUUUGCCCAUUUGGGAUUUGUUCAUUCUCCUCCUUGAAAAACUUGUUCUUAAGAUCUGUCUUACUGAGGCAAAUUUUUGUCGCUCUGCCUCUGGGCCACAUUUCGACCCUGCAUAAACACUGCUCCCCCGGAAACGAGAGAUAAUCUGGAGCAUACUCUUCUUACUGUAUAUUAAGAGAUGCCUUUGCAGGAGAUGGUCAUGCAAACUAGUUUGCAUCCUCUCCAUGAUUUGCCUUUUGGGCUUCCCUGGGGAAUGGAGUCUUGGGACCUUAGUUAAACAUCCGGCAGGCAAGUAACACAAGAACUGUCCCCAAAGCAUGUCUGCUUAGCUGUGGGAGAAACUCGUAAUGCAGAGCUGAACUCAUGGGGUGCGUUGCCAAAGAGCACUUUUACCUUGCUCCCAGCAGAGCAGUGGUUGUGGUCCUGUUUUGUGCGGACUUGCAAGCUUGCCAGAUGCUGCUGGUGCUCAUCCUCAGUCGACAGUGCACAGGGCCCUUGAGUUGCACAGUAACCGUGUGUGGUGGACUGCUGCUGACCUUAGCCCACUUCUCGAUGCCCCGAUGUGAACCUCGGUUUUUCCUCUUUGCGGUUUGAAAGGUGGCGGCGGAGGCGGCAGCAGCGAGGACCGCUCUGAAGGACCCUUCUCCUAAUUGAAACUGUUUUUAAUUAAACCGUUUUACAGCGCUCUCAGUCACGAGUUAUUUACUUACAUCCUUUGGUGCUUAAUCUUGGAGCAGAAUUGGAAAUAUCAAUGGGAAGCAUAAAUUCCCAGCCCCUGCUGCAAGCAUUGUAUCAGGUCUCGCCUCCAAAGAGCACCAUUACCUUUAGCUGUCACGGAUCUGUACACUUGAUCGAUAAACUUCAAAUAUUAUUAGAGGUGGAGGCUUCAGAGAUUGACUCUGUUCUUUGGAGAGAGGCUGAGAUAAAUCUUUCUUAAAAAAUUGACUGGAAUUUGCACACUCGCUCUUCCUGGUGAAACGCAUUUCUCUUAGGUGCCUGGGCAGCUGCAGGGGGUGGAGGGGCAGAUUUAUUGGCUGUAUGCUUCUUGUAGUGAAAGAUUUAAAUGGUAAAUCCUUCACAUAUGACUUCACAAAUCAUGUAAAGUUAAAAGAAUUUUACCAUUUCUGUUGCUGCUGCUGUGCUUAAAUUGUAAGGGAUGGCCAGUAAAUCAUUUUAAUGGAGGUGUCACAGUUGAACUCAAUAAAAAAAGGGGGGGCGGCGACAAUGGUUUUAGCUUCCAUUCCAAAAUGUUAAUGUAUUAAUCAACGAGAGAAUAAUUGUUUUUUACUACAUUAUAAAUCUCGGUUGCCAUUGGAAUUGCAGCCAGGGCUGUUGUAGCUGCAUUCUUAAAUUAAAAUUGUUUACAUUGCUAUACAUUAAUUUUACACAGCCAUCGCUCAUUCUGGGUUCGUUGUGGGAUUUCUCCCCAGCCGCGCAAGUCCUUCCUCUCCAGGUGGAGGGAGGGAGCAGCAGCUUAUAAAAACAAAUUAAUUGUGUGGCAAGUUAUUAAAUAAAUAAAAUAAAGAAGCAUGUCGUGAUUGCUUGCUAUCUUCAUUUCAGAGAAAUCUUGCGGCGGGGAUCAACAUCCACAGAAUUUGAAAUUAUCAGGCUAGGUUUUGGAAGUGCUUUCUCCUUGAGUCAGACAGCAAUUUGAGAACAGGGUCCCUUUUUUUCUUUCUGUCCUUUUUUUUUUUUUUUUUUUUGCAUGCACAGUUUGGCUGUGUAAAUGGUUAUUUGAGAUGACAUCAUCUGGGUUAAGUGCUGGGGACAUCAGCGUGGAAGUUUUUGCAACAACAACAAAAACGAUUCAGGGCUCCAUGUGCUUCCUUCCUCUCCCCUUGCCCCAGCUUUGCCCAUCUUGACUUGCCCACUGCAUUUGGAAAUGUCUCUUAUUGCUGCUCUUGGUGAGCCGACUAGGCUGGGUUGCUUGUUCUUCUGCCUGAGCUGACUUGCCUGGGUACUCCUAUUUUUCCCCCUUGUUAAAAAACAAAAAGCCACACACACUCACAUAAAUACUCACAUAAAGUGGAGGAGGGUUGUCCUGAUUUGCAAGUGGCAAUUAUUACGGAUAUUAAUACUUACUGUUUUCUAAUUGUGGCAGAUUCUCGAGCAGGUGAGGAAAGUGCCAUCACCGCUGUGGACCAUGCCGUGAUUGGUGGAGUCGUGGCCGUGGUGGUCUUUGCGAUGCUCUGUCUCCUUAUCAUUCUGGGACGAUACUUUGCAAGACACAAAGGUAAAUCGGCAAGAGUAGGGCUUAACUGAACUCCCCACCACCACCACCCUACAAAAAUGGAGAGGAGGAGUCUAUAUGCAUCUCACAGCCAUCACCUGUUUAGAGUUUUGCAUGCGAGAGAAUGAGCCGCUUGGUGCCUGUUUGCAGCUCCUGCUUUCCCUAAUUUGUCACUUGGCUGCCAUUUUUUAAAAGGUGGCUCUUCCUGAGAAAGUCCAGCCAUACAGGAAUCGCACAAGUUCAAAUCAGAGUGAGGAACCAGGAACCAGUGCUCUCAUUCUCUGUAUGGGAUUGUCAGGAAGCCCAGGCAGAUGACUUCACAAAGUUCAGAAGAAGGAGGCAGUGCCCUCACUCUGAUUUGAACAUGUUGUGCAUUUGUUCCUUAGGAGUUCCUAUGAAUGUUCAUGGGUGUUCGUUUCAUGUGGACUGAUUUUUUUUUGGCAAGAUGUAUCCUUGUUUUAGCUCGACAGGGGCUGUCUGCAACAGGAAUGGGACCCAGGUUCCAAUUAUGAUCCACGCCAUUCUUUUUUAAAUACAAGAAAUACAUAGAGUUACCAAACUGGACAUGCAAGUGUUACUUCUCUAGCAAAAUGAAAAUUUGAGAGCAUUUGGAGGGCUACUGGAUAUGGAGAGGAGAGGACAACCCUCCGCCUAUGGCAACCAUGCACCUUUCAAAGGCACAAAGGACCCUUUGCAAUUGAUGGGAUUUGCAAGUAUCCAAUUCCAUAACCUGUUUUGCUUUGAUGCUUAUUGCAGUUAUCCCAGUUUGCCAUCCUUCAGCGGCAGGGUGCAUGGAUACAGAGGGCUCUUAAAACAGCGGCAGGGCACAUGCUCUGCAUGCAAGAGAUUCUGGAUUCAAUGCUCAGCAUUUAAAGGGAACAGGCAGCAGUUUGGGGAAGAGACCUCUGCCUGGUGCUCUGCUGCCUACAAGUAUAUGCAAUGCAGAUAGUUGGUGCCACCACCAUGGAACCCCUGUCUCAGCCCCUGCGGUUGCUCCUCUCUUUGCAGGUACAUACUUCACUCACGAAGCCAAAGGAGCUGACGAUGCGGCCGACGCAGACACAGCUAUAAUCAAUGCAGAGGGAGGACAGAACAACUCUGAAGAGAAGAAAGAGUACUUCAUCUAGAUCCGUCUUGAUUUCCAUGAGGUGUCCAACUGCGGACAGUUACUGGCCCUGUGUAGAAGAUACAGACUGUGAUGUUGGAAGUUGCUACCAGCUUAUGGUUUUGGGGUUUUUUUUUAACUUUGUCUCUUUUCUGUCUUUUUCUUUCUUUUCCCUUCCAGUGCUGUUUAUUUUUAUUUCUUAUUUUUUUUAUUGAAUGGUUGGCAAAGUGUGUGGGGAGCAUCGAGGAUUCCCUGUGUAAUAGAGUUCUUUGUAAAGUACAUUCUGCUGUUUGGCACCUCAGUUCCUUUGGGUUUUUAAUUCUCGGGCCGAGUCCAACUUGGAUUUAGUUUAGUUCCAUCAUUUGCAGAAAAUUCUGUGCCUUGUUUUAUUUCUUGUUUUGUUGGAAGGGGAGGGGUGGAGAGCAGAUGGUUUCAUGUUCUUUUUUUCUUCCUAGCUUCUCUUGGAAUUGCCUGCUGGGAUCCCUUGAAAGUAGACUUGGUUUCUUUCUUUUCUUUUAAGUGUUUUACCUUCAUUUUUUUAAACUCCUGGGUUGUUUUUGGUUGUUGUUGUUGUUGUUUGAAACUGUGUCAUCAAAGGAGAACCGGCACACCUUAGAUUCCAUCGUUUGAAAUUCAGUGUAUUCAUCAUCCACCCUACUCCCUUGUCAUGAGAGCUUGGAAGGACACACUUUUUAGGAGAAUGGUUUGCAGCUGCCCAGGUUUCCAACGCAGCGAAGACUAGCCGAAAUAGGCUGAAACAUCUGGAAUAUGCUCUGCUUUUCAUUGAGACCCAGAACCAUGCUGAGUUACCUGCAAGCAAAGUGGACCCUGGGAGAGAGCGGAGUCUGUUCUUUAUUCAAGGUCUAUAGACUGACUCCUCUUUGCUGGACAUGCCCAUAUUGUCUGUACAGGAACAGGGUAUUGAGUGCAUUCCCCCGGUUCUUGCCCUAAACAGCCGUGACAGAUGAGGGCUGCUCCUUUCGUGCAAGUAGGCAAAUUUGAGUUGUCGCAGAAGGGAAAGCGGGGAGGGAAGAAAUGCGAAGUUCUGCUCUAAUUAUUUUCUGUUGCAAAUGAUCCCCACGCUGGCUCCCCAUUGGCCUCGCAUCGCUGUAAUUUACAGGAAACAGGAAAAAGAAAAAACUUUGUGAUGUGAAAGGAAUACGAAUCGGCCGACUUCUUUUUCUUUUUCUUCAUUAUUAUGUUAUCUGUCUUGGUUUGCCCCCUUCUUCUUCCUCUCUUCUUCUCUUUUGUAUCUUGCUAAAGAGGGCACAGAGGGUGAGGCGCUAUGAUUGCGGCCUGCAGGUACUGUACAUUACAGGUAUUGGUCAUGCUGAGGUAUCCGUCCACAGACUGUGUGGAACUUUUCAUUCCUUCAGAUUUGACUUCACAAAAGGCAGGAGGGAAGAGAAGAAAAGACGCCUUGUUUUCAUGCUGGACUACCCUGCAUCUCUGUUCCAGAAAGGUCAGAGCAGAGGUGGAGAAAUCAGCAUGGAAGGUUUUUUUCCCCCCUUCCAGUUACUCAAUCCAAACUCUUAAACGCUGAGUUUGUAUGAGGAAAUCAAGAAUACAUAUAUAUAUAUUCUUUAUUUCCUUUUCCCUGACUCUGUACCUUCCAAACGCAGCCCCUGGCCUCCUUCCUCAGCCUUAAGAGCCAUCUGCCAAUAAAUUACUGAUCCUUGCAUGAUGGUAGUCAUGGUGAAGAGAUAACUAAAAAUAAGUUUACCUUGUGAGUGUUGGAGAUCUGAAGCCUCGGGAGGAAGAGAGCCAAGUCUGUGUGUCUGCCACUUCCUUUCCUUUUCUGGGGAGGGGGAAGCAUGGUACCCCACCCCCCUUGGGGAUAAUGUGCUGCUUCUAAACCCUUUUACCAAAAGGAGAAAGCGACGUGUGAUGUGAAUCAGGAUUUUUUUUUAAAAAAAAUGAGGCACCAGAUAAAGGGUUGGCAUUAAGAAGAGGCUAGCUCAUGAGGGAACCCCUCAGUUCAUUACGGAAUUGAGGAAUUUGAAGGAUUAAUUUUAGCGUCAGUCAUGUUACGUACAUGCCAAGUUUUAUUAGGGGAGAAUAUCAUCUCUAGAUGUAUUUUAAAGGCUUUAAAAAAAUAGUUACGUUUGUGGGUUUUAGGUUUGUUUAAUUGUUGGCAGAGCCAUUCAGAUGCUACCUUUCAACACAAAAUGAAACCCCUUUCCCCUCUUCUUUUUCGUACAGUAUUUUCCUUCCCCGCCCCCCCUCUCCUUUAGAACCAUGAAAACGCAAUUGACCUCUUGCAAAGUUUUGCAACGUGCCCCUCUUGUUUCUCUGCCUUCUGUACUGCUUGAGACAACAGGUCAACCCCAUGGAAGGGCAAAGACAGUGAUUGAAAAAUUGUGGGGGUGGGUUUUGGGGAGGGGGCUUUUUUCUACCCAUUGAUCACAGAACUGGCAUACCGUUCCCUGAGCAGCUCAUCUUUGUUUUGAAAAGUGUACAGUCGUGCAAGUGUUCCCAAUGUAACUUUGACUUAAUAAUGUUGACAUGUCUCAGGUUCAUGUGUUUUGAUUGGUGUUUUCCGUCUCAGGUAGAUCGCGAAAAGUUUUUGGCCCCACACGUUGGAAGAGAACACAACGAGCAACCACAACAGGAACUGAUGGGUUUUAGUUGUAUAUCAAGUUUUAAAGGGUUUUUACUUUUCUUUCUCCCUGCCCCCCUGCAAGUAUACAGUGCACUGUUUGAAAUGUAUUGUUAAGUAUUGAUUUGUACAGGGUUAGAUUACAAGGAUUUUGUUAAGAGUGGAGAAAGAACAAACUUGUUUCCCGGGGGUUUGCAGCUUGAAGAUUUUUCUUGGGCUUUGUGGUUGGGGAGUUUAUUUUUUAUAACAUCAGCAACAGCAAAAUAGGAAUGUUGCCAAGAAAAAUAUGGGAUGCAUAACUGAUGCCAAAUAAGCUUGUUCUUUACUCACCGCCAGUGACAUUUCGUUACUUCUGCCCCCUUAGGCCGAUUCUGUUUUAAGGUGUCCAUGGACAAUGUUGCAGUGUAAGAAAACGCAUAUUCAUAUCUUCCCAUUCACAUUUUGUAUUGGUUCAUGUAUACCAUUUUUACAAAGAAAAAGAAGUACUAUAAAGUAUCUGUCUUCUUAAUAAAAACAAAUUAAUGUUACAAAACUA